UUAUUAUAAUAAUACAGCAGAUAGUUUCUAUAUUUUGUUUUUCGAUUUACAGGAGCCGCGUCGGCUUCCAAGUUAUACACAGACGCCAUAAUGAGAUUGGCCAGACAAUCGCAACAAGGGACUUGGGGAGGAUCGGCCGAUAUCGGUAAGUUUUAAUAAAAUAUUCUGCACUCGUCUAUAUAAUAUGUAAUUAAAUAGUAAUACAGUUUAGCGCUUUUGCGGGCGGUAGAAAACCCCGUAAAAUCGCUCUAAUAUUUAUCACUUAACUUUUUUUUUUGAUUUUUUUAAAAAAAAUUUCACACAAAAAUCUCAUUCCGAUUGAAAAUUGCAAUAUUAUUGUAUAAGUAUAUAUAAGUAAUAUUCACGCACAGAAAUGAUUUGUUAAUGUCGUUUUUUCCUUUUUAUUUUUUUAAUAUUUUUUUCUGCCAUCGACAUAUUAUUACGACUAUUUCGUCACGUGUUUGUCUACGCAAAAAUAAAUCGAUUUGUCUGUCUGUCAAAUACGAAAACCGGCUGCUAAUUCCUGCACCGUUUUCCACCCGGGUGACAAUGCAAAUAUACAACAGAUAAAUAUUCGCCAUUUUCGCCUCGUAUUUCUCUACGGCCCGCCUUGCACCCCUUCAUCACCGCUAAUCCACUUGUUUCUUCGUGUCGAAUUAACAAUUAGCCGCUGUCAACUUACUUUGUUGUUCUGUGUAAAUAUUGGUUAUUAUUUGUACUUAUUUGUUUUCCACCGUUAAAAACGAAAUGACGAGAUAUAAUAUAGUUAUAAAUUUAAUUGAAUUUAUAAGAAAAUCCAUCUUUGCUCUCUUCAUCCUUAAAAUAUUAUUAUAAUAAGAAAUUGCAUAUAUUAUUUUCGGAUAAUUUUAAACGUGUUACCGAAAAUACACAUAUUGUUCAGUCGAUAACUCGAGUAAAUAAUAAAAUAUGUACCAACAUAAAUGUAUUCGAUAGUAGUCUAGCGGAAUUCGGAACCCCAAGCAAUAAUAAAAAAUUGGAGCAAGUAUACUAGAAAAAAACUUGUCCACAGACUAGAUGAAAGAAAGAAAGAAAAAAAGAAAAAGAGCUGAUACUGAGGAUGGGAGCGGCUACUGUUGUAGGUGAAAAGUUGGGAAGUUAGGAUACGAAAGGUUAUUUCAUUUAUAUUUGUAAGCAACUUUAAACCAUUGCUGACGAAAGACGAUUCCGAGCGCAGUUCUGUAAUAUAUAAUUUGAAGUGCCGUAAUUUUUUUUACGAUUUUUCGUUUAAAUUUGAUUUCAAAACGCUUAUUCGAAAAAAAAAAGUCCGAUGAUUUUGAAAAUUUUACCACGUCUAGGUAAGUCUAAUAUAGGUAUUAUUACCAUGUUUCUACUUAUGUUUUUAACCGAAUGAUGAUACAGUAAGAAAGUAAAUCAAAAAGGUUCCAAAAAAGGUGUCUUGUGAUUUUUCGAUUGAAUAAUUUGUUUUGGUUGAAAACACCGUCCGUUUUUAUAAAAUAAUGAAAUCGUGAAAUUGUAGGCUUUCCUACGUUUUUUUUCCUCUUAAAUACUUUUAUUUAAAAAUGGCGUUGAAAAUCAAAAAAAAAAAAUGAACUGUUUAAAGUACCAUUUAGACAACUUGAGCUUUCAGAAAAGGUACUACAUUUAUUCAUGGUUACAAGUUUACUAGGAAAAAACGUGUCCAUAGAUUAGAAUAAAGAAAAAAAAAAUAAACAGCAUUAUAAAACCAAUAGCUCCCUCGCUACACUCGGAAUAUAAAAACGGGGUAAGAAUGUUUAUUUAGUGAAUCAUCCUGUGUAAAGUAAAUUAUAUUAUUUUUUCGGGGAAUAAAAACGAAAACAUUAAAUGUAUAAUAGAAAAAAAUAAAAUUUUAUGAUUUAAUAAAGCGUAUCCGUUGCAGGAUUUUAUACACAGUUACUAAAGUAUUUUCGAUAAUAAACUAAAAAUAAAAUAGAUCGUGUAAUAUAUAUUUAGGUAUACUAGAUAAUGCAUACUUUCCGAGAUAAUGAGUGUCUUAUGAUAGAUUGAUCAUCCUGUAUACAUGAAUUUAUACAGUAAUAUAAUACAAGUUAAAAGAUAACCGAGAUUAAAUUGACGAUUUUCGAAUAGAAUACAUGUACUUUAAUUUAUGUAAUAUAAGUAUAUUGUAUAAUUAAAAAAUAUAUUAUGCCGAACUCGGAAACGGGUGAAUACGGCCAGGAGAGGGAUUGAGGCCUUUAAAGCGAUCGGAAACAGACUUUCAAAUUUAUGUAAUAUAAUGUAUAAAAAGUUAUUACCGUUUUAUUUCGAAAUCAACAAACGCUGGUAGUAAACAGCACACUGGGUUUUAAAUUAUACGUAUAUAUAACAUAAGAAAAAAAACGCAUUUCGAGCAACUCUUAGAAGCGCGAAACGACUGCCAAAAUCGUACUGUAUACACGUGUAAUCACAUCGUUGUCUUUGAGGUGCUACAGCAGAAUGGAAGCUAUUACACCGUCGUCGUCUUUGAAUCGCUUAACUUCUGUCAGAAAUAAUUAUAUUGUCGUUGUUUAUCGAGGAGAGGCAGCAUAUUAAAGGACGUUGCUAUUAUAUUAUAAUAUUGUUAUUGAGUAAAGGUACACAGUGUAAUAGUAUAGCACUAAAGAUGCGUAGUAUAAGAGAAUAGACUCGUAUAUCCGAAGAGUAAUAAUCCGUGAUAAAUUCUCCUAUAUUAUACGAGAAAGUGCACAUCUGCAUAUGGUUUAUGUGUAUGUAGAGCGAAAAAGGGAUAUAUAAUAAUAUAGAACAUCUACCCUUCAAUUGUUUCAUACGGGAUAUCCGACGACGAUUAUAAAUCUUCGACCGGUAUUAUACGAUAUUCCGAACCGGCUGUAUAGUAUAUAUAUAUAUAUAUAUAUACACAAAUAAAACCGGAAUUCAGUUAGCAUUUUACAUUGUGCCGGAUCCUUUUGCAAUGUGUGUAACUGUAUACACGCGAACGGAACCGAGGGCGAAAAAUGAAAUUGUCCGUAUAAGAUUGGAUUUGAGAGAAACAAAAAAAAAAUCUAAUAUUUCGAGAUAUAUAUAAUAUUACUGCUCUCUGUCUGUGUCCGGCAGUCUUUGUGUUGUGUGAUUGUAAGGAUUAUUCUUAUACUCACCCUCUCUAAAAUAUAUAUAUAUAUAUAAACAUAUUUUUUUUUAUCAAACAAAAAUAUUUAUCUAUAUAUACAUAUAUAUAUGCUACGUUUGCUUUAGUCGUACGGAAAUAAUUUCACAAUAUAUAUAGUACUUCCGGAUUUUAUUAUUUAUUAAACCAUUUGAACGUGAUUUGUACAAAUUAAAUACUAUAAUGGUGCUUACUGCGUCCUAAAUGUUUUUUCGCCAUCAUUUGAAGAGUACACUUACCUAGUCGUAUAAUAAUUUACGUACAAUAAAAUUUUGUAUCGCUCUUUGUCAAAUAAAAUUUAAAAAAAGAAAACACUACUACGGCUAUCAAGGCAUUUUUAAAGAAGUUUGCUGUAUUCUAAUGGACACACUAUAGAAUAAAACUUAGUUUAUAUUAUAUGGCCACUAAAAAAUAAACGGCUAAUCAAUGAAUUAGUCAAUUUUGAAACAAAAUAUUAUAAUAGUCGUUAUUAUACAUUGAAAUCUAUCGAACGUAAAUUAUGUUAAUGCUGUGCGGAGUUACUCCCUUAUCGUUUAUCCACCUUAUCGUACAUAUGUUUUUAACUUAAAUUACAGCCUGUUAAUCACAUUGUGUAUUAUUAUACAAAUACAUUUGGAAAAUAGCAAUGAAAUCUAAAAUAAAUGACAUACUAAAUAAUAAUAAUAUUUUAUGUAGGAAAUACUCGUACUGGUGGGAGAGAAGUAAGUAACUGGUGUAAGUCCAAAAAUUAAGUAAAAGGUUGGGUAUAUCUGUUUGUGGAGCUUUUUAAGGGGCUAGGGAGAGGGUUGAGAGAACAUAUAGCGGAUAUUCACUCAAAAAUAUCUUAGCUGGUAUAUGAAACAAAUAUCUUGAAGUUAACUCAGCAUAUUAAGAGGAAGUUAUCACACAACAAAAAUGUAAUCAGUUGUGUAUUUACUUAAAUUUGAUCGUAGAUAUUCCAAGUCGUAACUUUUUUUGCAAAUUUAUAAUUAACUAAACUGAUAUUUUAUUUUCCAGAUAAAGUUGUUUAAUUUUCAUCAAAGGUUUACUCUUAAUCAUCGUGAUAAAACGAUUUUUAGACACUUAGUUUUAUACUAAAAACCGCACUAGCUCCUUUUAUACAUGUAAACUAUUUAUUUGUAUAUAUUUUAUUGUUUAUUUCGUUUGGAAUAUUAUAUUUAUUUGUAAACUAAAUUUACUAAUGUUGCAGUUAAGAGAAUAUAAGUUUUUUUACCAAAACCAUCGCUGCAAGGAUAAACGUCGUUUUCUGUUGAGAUCGGCAGUGUAUAUUAUUGUACGAGGGAAUGAAUUGAAAAAAAAAAUAAAAAAAUCUCGUAUACCCAUAAUUCUGUCAAAUGUAUUGUAUCGGUCGGGAUGUUGUGCCGAUAAAAUGCACCCCUCCAAUCCGGUGCGUCCAAAUCGCAUGAAAUUUAUUGUGGCGCCAUCACACUAACAGUGUUUUUCAAAUAAUGAAAGAGCCACGGUGAUUUCGAGUCAAAGGCCGUAUAAAAGCCUGAAACCCCAAAGAUAAGCUUGUUUCCACUGUAGAGAGGGUCGGGUUGGUUGACUUUUUCUUCAUUCCUUUCCCCCACAAACGUAUUUAUGUACAUAGAAAUUAAAUACAACAAAAGCUAACGACGGUGGUAGAGUUGUUGACCCGCGGUAGUGGUAGUGAUGGUGGUGGUAAACGAAGACUUACAACUACUUAAAGGAUUUUAGAGUUCAGGUUUCAUCAUGAUUUUAACAUACAGAUAUAAUAUUAUAUAGGAGUGAAUUAUACAUACAUGUAUAUAUAUAUAUAUAUAUAUAUAUAAUAUAAUAGUUACCUGCCUUUCGUUUUGUAUAUCCACCCUUACGAGACAGGAUUAAACGGCUCUCGUCACCCUAAGUAUAUUAUACAGAAAUACGAUAUCCACUAGUGUGUCGAGUUAAACGUCAUUCGAUAUUAUAAAUAUUAUUACAAAUGUACGGCCGGCUAGAUAUUUUUAACAAGGUAAAAACGAACGAGAAAUUUAAGAAUAUUCUUAUAUAAUACCUACUGCUUUAUUACAUAAUAUUAUUAAAAUGUAUACACGGCUGAAACUAAAUCAUAAAUAACAAGUAUGUAAACAGUAUCAAAAUGCUGAUUUAGGUUUCUACGUAGUUAUAGUUUUAAUUACGAGAUUGUAAAUUCGAGUAUGCAUAUUGUAUAUUAUAUUAUAAUUUUAACAAAAUUCACAAUUCGAAACUUAUAUUUUAUAUAUUAUGUAUAUGUACGUAAAACAAUGUUAUAAUGUCUCGCAAAAUAACACUAUAAAAAUUACCAAAAAUAAUACUUCUUAUAAUAUUUUUAAUUUUAUAAUAUUCAAUUUAAUGUUAUCGUAUAUGAUAAAGUUUAUAAGUUUUUAAUAAAAUUAAACUAAUUAUAGAUGUUUGCAAGUUAAACAUUGCUUAUUCAGCAGGAAUAAUAAGGAGUAUAAUUAAGGAUGUAAUAAUAUACGUUGAGAGAGGGUUAGUAGUGCAAACUCCUCUGGAAAUAUCUCAUUCCGAUAUUUGUUUAAUACAAUAUAGUUUUUAUGCCAGUUAAUAAUAUAGCAUAUUUGAGUUUUAGAUUCAGAGCAUACAGAGGGAUCUAUUGGUUUUACUAUAAUGUUUUAUUUUUAUUAUUAUUAUAAUUUUUUUUUUUUUUUGUGAUUGUGCGCAACUUUUCUACCAGCAGUUUUGCUCCGAAGUAUCAAGUGCAACACUUAUUCUGAAAGGUAAUUUCGUUCAUUUGGUGCAUUGCAGAAGUCACUCUUUGAUUUUCUAAGGGUUUUUCAAAAUAAUAAUUACAAUAAUUCCGAAUAACAAUUAUAGUUACAAUGACAAAUAUUUACGGCCCGAUUAUUUUAGGUAAAGUUUCAGUUAAAAAUAUUAGAAAUAUAGAAACUUGAAAUUUUUAUGGGAAAUUUAUAUUUGCUUACUCUAGACGUGGUAAAACUUUCAAUAAAUUAAAAUUAAUUUUGCUACUUUUUUACUUAAUUUUUGUUUGGUGGGUAUUCUACUCUAUGGAUUUUAGGAAACAUUUGGAUUUAAUUUUAAAACGAUAAUAAAAAAAAAAACGAUUUUUUUUUUUUUUUAAUCACAUUAAAUAUUAACUUUUUGUCAGUUAUGAUAAUAUUGUAAAUAGGAAAUAAAAUGUUGUUACUGCAAUCAAAACACUGUACUACGACUGGUAGUGAAAUAUGAUUAUUGUUAUUGUUAUUAUUACGAGUUUCGUUUUUAAUAACAUACAUAGACUGUUACAAUAAACAUUUUUUUUCAAUUGCAAGGUGAACUGUAAACAAAAAAAAAAAUAAUAAUAAAUAAUGAAUCAGAUGUCUAAUUAGUAUUGACAACAAAUGUAUAUAGGUAAAUUGAUAAUAAAUAAUUUAUUAUAUUUUUUCGUAUACGUACGGUUUCAUCAUAUAUAUUAUAUACAUUAUAUUAGUCUGUACUAUCGAUACAUAGAAAUGACAAUCUAGAAGCAUCGAGUUUUCUCGUCUCUAUUGACGUGGAAAUUGUAUAAGAGGCGAAAAAAAAAAGAUAAAAGUUUGCUUUUGUCGUUUAAUGACUGUAUGUUGUGUUUUUAUUCCUCUGGGGAAAACGCCAUGUGGAAACUUUCGGUCCCGGGCUCGUUCACGAACAUUAACUUGCUCGCGUUUCGAAAUUGAGGAUUUUCCUUCCCUAUUCUGCCACAGCAGCUGCAGCAGUCGCUUCUAAUGCCGAGUACACUUGUGUGGAUUGAUUUACAAGAUAAUUUCGAUGACGGGGUACCCGCGGAUUUUUUUUCCCUAAUAAUAUUUAUUCUUAGUUAUUGUGUAUACUAACUCUUUUUUUUUUUAUAAUGUGUACACAAACUCUGCCAGAAAUCUUGCUCAAAUAUAUACGCGUGGUACCAUUUCUGAAAGAAAAUGUUGUCCAGAUGGUACUUAUGAGAGGUUAUUUUUUGGUUUUCCAAGCGGUUUUCAUAAUACCUGGGAAAAACUACGUUAAAACGUAAGAAAAACGGGAAGUUUACGAAAAUAAUGCUUUUAUUAUUUUUCAAUUUUGUUAUUUGUUAUAAUUCAGUUAAAAAUAUUCGUAAAGACUUGAAAUUUAGGCAGAAAACUUAUAUUUACCUUUUCUAGGCGUGAUAACAUUUUCCAAAAACUUUGAGCCAUUUUUAAGCUAUUUAUAGACAUUUUAAUUUUGCAAAUUAGUAAAUAAUUUUUAUUUGGUAUGUACUCUAUGAUGAAAUUGUUAGACUUAACAGAAAUACUAGAAAAUUUAACAGGAGGACCUAGAUUUUUUCCAGUAAAUGUGAUAAACCAGGAAAAAACAUGGGAAAUCCGGGAAAAACGUAGGAAAAACGGGAAAAUCGGUACAAUAUUAUAUAAAUAUUAUUAAAAAAAAAUAUACAAUGUCUAUUUAAUUAUUUUAACAUAAUAUGACAUAUAUAUUGUUGACAAAGCAUCAUUAUCACUGAACUGCGCUUAGGAGCGCUUUUUCAUUAGCAAUGGUUAAACGGUGGCUGCACUUAUCUCCAUUAUCCUAGGACGUCUUUUUUAAUAUUAUGUUAGAAUUCGACAAAGCACAAUUUUUUACGAUUUAAUAAGGUAUUUUUUUUUUCUAGAAAAACGCUUUUCCAGAUAAUAAAAAUGUCAGACUAUUCCAUAUCGUACUUUGAUUAAAGAUUCGGAUAUUUCGUCAGAUGGUACAUUAUUUAAAUCUUUUUUUCUAGAUUCCCAAUGCUUUUCCAAAAGAAAUUUUAAAAUGUACUGACAACAAAAGAAGAUAUACAUUGGUUAUAUUCUUGUUAUUUCCCUUGGGUUAACGAGAGAAAAAGUAUGACCAACACUACAGUAACCUUAUCUUAACCUUACAAGUUUACCGAAUUCCACUCAAAAUCGCUUUUUGAUCGCAAUGAUUUAUCAUUUAUACCGGUAUACAAUUUUUUAUUUAUCGAAAAAGAUUUUAUAUUCACGGUGCGAAGUCAGAAGUAUUUCCGGUCUUUUAAUAUAUAUAUAUAUAUAUGUAUCCAAUUUGUUUAAUAAACGCAAUAUUAUUAACCUACAAUACAAAUCCAGUACAUUCCAAUUUCGGUUACGAGAAUUUAUAUUUGACUUUCAUAGCGUGCACUGCAACGUGAUAAUAAUUAAAUUUUGAAUCAUUAUUUUAAAUUUGAACAUAAAAACGAGCAUAACAUUUAGAAAGAAAAUAUUGUUCUGCAAGGAAUGGUAGCAGUGAUCAUUAUAUUCCAAUUUAAACCGUGAUUAUAACGACGUAACGCGGUUUCUCAGGUUUUUUUUUGUAAACGUUUAUUAACUAUUUAUAAACUGUGUAAAAAUUACCUUUAUAUAAAGUGAGUACUAUAAUAAUAAUAUCCAUGUUACCAAAUAUAUUUCGAUCGUAAUGUAAAGUUAACUUCAUGCCGCCAAAAAAUAAAAUAAAGUGAACAUAAAAUAUAUAUUUAUUAGUAUUAAUUGUCUAUUAUUGUAAUACGAGUACUUCAAGGGUAACUUUCUAGUUCUUCUUGUGUAAUAUAAAAAACAGCUGAUACUGGAGAUGGAUGCGGCUUUUUUUUACUUUUUUAAUUUUUUUUUGCGAUUUUGGUUUAAAUUUGAUUUCAAAACGCUUAUUAAAAAAAAAAUGUCGUCCGAUGAUUUUGGAAAUUUUACCAGUUCUAGGUAAGUGUAAUAUAAGUAUUAUUACCAAGUUUCUAGUCUCUAAGUUUAUUUAUAACCGAAUUACAGCAAAAAACUCCCAAAAAUUAAAUUUUUUAAAAGCUCAAAAGUGACUCAAAAGUUUUGGCGAUGAUGCUGUAAGAAAGUAAAUCAAAAGGGCAACAAAAAAGUUAUCUUGUGAUUUUUCGAUUUAAUCAUUUUUUCUAGCAGAAAAUGUCAUCCGUGUUUUUAUAAAAUAAUGAAAUCGUGAAAUUUUACGCUUUCCUACUUUUUUUCCCUAAGUGCUUUUAUUUAAAAAAUGAACUGUUUAAAGACAACCAUUUAGACAACUUGAGCUUUCAGAAAAGUUACUAUCUGUAAAAUUUGGAGUAAGUUUACUAGGAGAAAAUGUGUCCACUGAUUUGAACAAAAUACAAAGAAGAAAAAGAAGAAAUCGGUUUAUUUCUUCUUUUUCUUUUUCUUAUUGUAAAAUCAAUAGGUCCCUCGCUAUGCUCGAAAUCUAAAAGGACAUACUUCACACAAUGGGUGGGUCAUUGUUGUAUGUGAGAAGUUUGGAUGUUAAGAUAUAGAGGGAAUUUAAUAUAUAUCUGUAUGCAACGAUUAAUCAUUGCCACCGUAAAACGAUUCUGAGAGGAGUUUUAACAAUCAAGUUUUGAAAGGCCGUAAUAUUUACGAUUUUUAUAAAAAAAUUUGGUAUUAAAAUUCGUAUAAAAAAAAUUCAACAGUUCAUUCAUUUUAAAAAAAAUAAUAUAUCAUAUUAUUAUUACAUAAUAUGGUUUAUCCUCAAAGUAUAUGGGUUAAAAGGGUGAAAAAACGCGUCUCACAACAGAGCUUAUUACAUGUCUUCUUUACCAUCAUACCGGGUAGCUCCCUCUGAUGCUGCGAGCAUUAUUAUUAUUCCAUUUUCACAUCCGACCGAUGAAAACCCCGCAAUAUCAAGUGGUCUUUAUGAGAGCGGGAAGGGUGAUGGGAGUGUAUAAGAAAAAUCCCCCCCCCCCUCGCAAGCUAUUCUGACAGAUAUGAUCAGAAAAAAGUUAAAUCCUUCUCACUUCGUCACACCACUAUAUAUAUAAUAUAUACGAUAUAUUCUCAACGGGGUUAUUCGGGUAGGGGCCGGGGGUGGCGCCGUAAAGAAGACGUGAGAAGAUUAAACUGCAAAUCCCUGGACCCAUAAAGCAGCGGCAGCUGCUGAACGGGUGUGACAUCUGCUGCUGACAACGCGUGAGCGAGACGGUGAGGGAGAGAGAGAAAAACCGUUGGACAGUUUUUACCUUAUUGUCGUGAAAUAUACGCGUGGUGCCGUAUAUAUAUAGGCUGAAAAGGUCGUAAAUUCAUGAAAAGUCAUGGGGUAUGCAAUAGACGAGAGAUAGAGAGAAACAGACGAGACGAAAGAAAACACAUUUUUGGGCGCGUAGAGUUUUUGUGACACCACCUCUAUAGAAAUAGUACCCGGGGUCUAUGUGGUCAAAGAGCGUUAAGGUUAGAAACGCAAAGUACGAAUAUAAUAGUGCACAGUUCAAUUCGUUUGCGUUUUCUUUUAAUUUUUUGGGGAAACUUCUGUCUAUUUUUAUCUGUUGGUCACCGUUGUCUUUAUCGCAGCUAUGUACAAUUAAAUAAACUGAAAUUGUAAAUUCAAAUAAAAAAAAAAAAAAAACAUCCGGUAAAAUUUCAAAAGUAUAAUAACCCAUGUUGCGAAGUCAUGGUGGUGGCUCUGAUUUAUUUAUUUUAACCGACUCUGAUGGUGGAUAUAUUUUACCGCCAAACUAUGGCCAAAUCAAUUUUAUCUCGACUACUGUUAUAAUUAGUAAAAAGAAAGGUAAGAUAAUGGGGAUGGGUGUAGCCAUUGCUGUAGGUGGGAAGUUGGGAAGGUAGAAUAUAGACGGGAAUUUAAUAAAUAUCUGUAAGCAACGAUAAACCAUUGCUUACGAAAAAACGAUUCUGAACAGAGUUCAGUUGAUGGUGAUGCUUUGUCAACAAUACAUAUGUAAUUUUGUAGUAAAAUAAUUAAAUAGGCUUUAUAUAUUUUAUUUAAUAAAAUUGAUUUAGUUUUGUACCAAUUUUACCAGUUUUCUUACGAAUUUUCUGGUUUUUCACAUUUUCUGGGAAAACUUUCGGGAAAAUCAAAAAGUGACCUCUUUAAAGUACUUCUCUGGUGAAAUUUCCUUUUAGAUAUAUUGAUACCAUUAAAAAUUGGGACAAAAUUGCUGGCAAAAAAGUUGUGUACAGAAAAAAGAAUAUAUAUAUAUAUAUAUAUAUAUAUAUAUAGAAUAUAUUUUAACUAAUACAUUUCUUAUAUUUUCCCGUUUUUUUCGAUUUUUCAAAUUUGAUGAAAAAACUCCUGAGAACAUCGAAUUCGUUGAACAAAAUCUGAGCAAGUCUUCUGAUAAAAUAGUAAAAACAUCUUAGUAAAACUAUAAGCUUCUUCGCUCCACUCAGAAUCUAAAAUUAUAUUUACACGACCGCUUAUACAAAAAAAAUUUGGUGCAAAUACACCUCUUAUGGCUGUCUUCCCACCUCCGGAUGUUCUUUAUUGUUUAAUUUUCAAAUAAUAUUUAAAGCAUCACAGAAAUGUUCCUGAUUUUUUUUAAAUAUAAAAUAAAAGUAUACUCGUAUAGUCGCAUAGUCGCAUACUUUUAAAUAAAUAUUAUAUUUUCGAUGAAUGUAUAUGUUUUAAUAUUCGACAAUAAAUUUGAGUAGAUAAAUAUUUCAGUUCGGUUUAUAUUAUAUUGUGUCUACCUAUAUUGUAUACUUACUGCAGUAAAUAUUAAAUACCUAACUAGUGAUGAGCAAAGAGAAAUCAAACUUAUGCAAAUAUAAUUUGUACAAUAUAGAAACUAACCAAACCAUCUACUCUGUUCGACGAGUACCUAGUAGGUACCUAAUAUAGAGUGUUUCCGAAUACAUAUAGGUGUACUUAAACUUACUUUUGAUGAUAUGAUGCACGUAUUGUGUACACAAGGGUAUAAAACUAUAUCAUAGUGUACACUAUAAUAUUAUUACCCUAAACAUCGAGUUUAUUUAGCCCAAAAAUAGUCAUUAAAAUAUAUUCAUGUAUAGAAUAUUGCAACGUUUUGAGAUAUUAGUUAGGCAAAGGUAUGUUUAUUUUAUUUUUAAAUACACGUGGGUAAGCUACUGUUGUUGAAAGGGAGUUCAUAGGAAAAAUAUAAGAGUAUAAGAUGAUUUAAUUUAAAACGUCUAUACGCAACGAAAAACGAUUCUGAGGGAAGUUCGUUUGAGUGUAUAUGUUUUUAAACUUCGUGACUUUUACGACAUUCGUAAAAAUUAUAAUCUAAAAACACGUAUUUAAAAAAAGCUAUACAUUACAUUAUCCAUAUAAAUCCAAAUAAAAGUACGUUAGGUAACGUUUUUGAGCAGAUUGUGGCCAAUUAUACUUAUAUCAAAAGAAGAUAACCGAUUUUGUUUUAGUAAAGUUUAAUUUUUUUUACAAAUUAUCUACAAUACAAUAUUUCAAUUCUACAUAAUUUUAUAUUAUUUUUUUUCUUUUCAAUAAUUAGAUUUCUCACUAAAGUAAAUCUAAUUUUCCGAUUGGUCUUUUGAAUUUCGAUUUAUCGAAGUUCUACUUAAUAUUAUACUUAGAUAAAAUAGAUAUAAAUUAAAUUAUACUCCAAAUAUCUCACCUUCAAAUUACCACACCUCGAUUUGUUGUGCAAACUUUUCUAUCAGAAAUCUUGCUCCCAUGUAUCUAGUGUAGUUUAUUUUCUGAAAGGAAAUUUUAUCUCCAUUGUUUAAAGUUAACAUUUUUGUGAUUUUCAAUCGGUUUUCAUAAUAACUGGGAAAAACCUGAAUACAAUAUUGGAAAAACGAAAAAUUUACGAAUUGUAAGUAAAAGUAAAAAAUAUUAUGGCCUUUUUUUUUUCUGUGUACAACUUUUCUACCAGCAAUUUUGCUCCAAUUUACCAUGAUAGUACUACUUUUGAAAGUAAAUCUGGCUGGGAAGGUACUUUAGGGAGAUCAUUUUUCGAUUUUUCUAAGAGUUUUCUUAGUAACUGUGCCAAUCGGGGAAAAAACACGGGGAAAACACAGGAAAAAUGGAAAAAUGGAUACAAUAUUAAACAAUUAUUAUUAAAGAAAAUGUAUUAUGCCUAUUUAAUUAUUUUACCAUAAUAUGACAUAUAUAUUGUUGAAAAAGCAUCACUAUCAACUGAACUGCCCUCAGAAUGGUUUUUUCGUUAGCAAUGGUUUAUCGUUGCUUACAAACAUACAUUAAAUUAUCUAUAACAGUGGCUGCAUCCAUCUUCAUUAUCCUAGGACUUUUUUUUUAAGUAUAGUUUAGAAGUAUCUUUUUACAAUGCUGCUGGUCACUUUAUCAACUGUAUUAUUGUCGGUCAAUGCUAUACUCAUGUAACUAUUGACUCGACAAUAUUUCAUAUUCUAUACACAAUCAGAUGAUUUCGUUACAGUUUUAGGCUUUUAAAAAAAUGUUACCUAUAUAAUGUUUGCAACCACAAUAAUUUAUCAAAUAUAUUGAUUUUGUUCUUCCAGUUCACCGCGGACAUUUCUAUAUAUUAUACCCACCAAACAAUGUCAAAAUAUCUUCAGGGUGCUUUGACCAUAUUAUUAUUGUUGUUAGAUAUAUAUCUUUCUGUUGUUCUAAAAAGUAGUAUUAUAUUGUUAUUCCAUUGCGGUCCUCUAACGAUAUUUUGCGGCCAAUAGAGCAGGAAAACUCGCAUUCACCGUGAACACCGGCGUAUUUUCGCAUUCGUGUAGUGUAACCACAAAUCGUUAUUUGUAAUUGUAGCGUAUAUAUUAUUAUUGUUGUUAUAGAUAGGUGUAUAAUAUUUAAUUUUCCAAUUUAUUUCUCUGAUCGACCGAAUCUGUAGUUAUUUCGCCACAACAAACAUAGAAAAUGACAUAUAUGUAUUUUUUUUUAUUUUACAUUUUGAAAACGCAAUGAUCGUCGUCAUAAUUUAAUAUUAUUAGAAAACAUAGAUCAUAUCGAACGAUAUAUCCUGUAGUAGUUUAAUCAACUAUAUAAAUUGAUAAUGUGUAGAGAGUUUAAAAGCGUAUUAUUUCGGACUUCUGCCCUCAGCUGUCAUAUUCACUUAUAUAUGUAUACACGAGUAUAUGGGAAAAAGGGAUCACAAUAGCUACCCUCGCCAUCGUAUCUACCCUACAUCAUGGUUCUAUAUAAUAAUAGUCAUCAUGAUUUUUCACUGUUCGACGAUAAAUACUAUUUUUUUUUUUUUCAAUAUUUUAUUUUCUUUUUCCAAAAUCGAAUAUAUCUCUGGACACACACAAUACAAUGUUAACCACUGCACGUCUUUGAAAACCUAUUCAGACAUCACAAUGCUUUUUAAAAAAAUAAACUAAAACUACGCAUAUACGUUUAGUUUGAGUGUAGAUAAAAUAAAAAUAAAAAGAGGAAAGCUAUAAGCUUUAAGCUAUAAAAUAUGUAGAUAGCAUGCUGUACCACGAUUAAAACCACGUAUGUAUUUUUUUCGAAAUGGGCUCGUUAUAUGUUAUGUUUGUCAAAUUAUACUGAUAAUAUUAUCAUACUCUAUAUAUAAUAUAAAGUAUAUAAUAUAUAUUAUAUUUAUGAAUAAAUAACUCUAAAUGCAUUCCAAAGGUAGACGAAUAUGUAAUUAACAAAAGUUCUGAACAUAUUUCGUACCAUGAUGAAUAUGACACUUUUGAAAGUGGGAAGUUAAGAAAUCAUCGAACAUAGCGUAAUUGAGUAAUAAUUUACUGAAAGCACUUAUUCAGGUUUUUUUUUACAAUCUACCCACUUUUUUUAGUUUUUCUCAUAAAUCAAUUUUUUGGUUGGUUAAAGUGUUUCAAAUUAUUCCCAUAACAACUUUAAGAUAUGUAGAUAUUUCAACCGCGGUCUUACUUGUUUGAAAAAUUAGUAGAUUCUCUUUUGUUUUUCUAUAAAACACUGAGAAUAUAUGUCAAUCCAGUGACAUGUGUGGAGAGAGACAGAGAGAAUUGAGGAAUAAUAUUACUCCUGUUGACUUUUUAAUAAAAAAAUAUGAGUAUUUGUUUAGUAAUUUAAGGCUGAAAAUCUAUAUAUUUCAUCUACGUUCAAGCAUGGAGGAAUUUAUCUUAUUGAGUAAAUUUUUUUUAUUAUUAUUCGACUUUUAAUAUCCUAUUGACACGUUGAGUAAAGAAGAAAAUUGAAUUACAUUAAUUAAUCGUUGUAUUUAGUAUAUAAUAUAAAUUAUACUACUUUAUAUCCUUUAUACCUUUCAAACUUUUUACCUACUAUAAUGGCUUACUCUGGCGCAAAGUACAUCUGGCUUUUUUUUUGCUUUAUUUAAUUACAAAAUUUCUAUACCUAUAUUAAUUAGUAUAUAUUAUAUUUCUAAUAAUAAAUUUACAAAAUAUCUGUAGUCUUACUUGUGUAAACAAUUGUGUAGUUUUUUUAAUACAUCGUACCUGAACAAAUUACUAACUCAAAUAACAUACAGUACGGAUUCGUUUAGUGUUUAUUUACGAAAAGUAUCUCAUAACAAGCGUAAGUACUUAUAAAAUAAACGGUUCACUACAGAGUUGUACCUUGCUCUUUUUUUAAUUUUUUUAUAAUAAAAUCCGAGGUAUCAUUUAUUAUUUUUUGCUUAUAAGCUAGCGAUAAAUAUAUAGUACCUAUAUAUUAAGUUUAAUACAUGUUGUGUUUAAUAAACGUAUAUAUUAUUAUAUUUGUAUUUGUAUGUGUAUUUAUAUACAUAAAAACAUUACUUAAAUAGUUAAAUGCCAUAUUAUUGUAUUUAUUGUUUUGUUAUAUUUAGUUGAAAUUACGAUCGGUAAAAUUUAUUUUCGCAAUUUUAAACCAAAUUAAUACCUACCCGUUUUUAUUAACUGUUUGGUCAAUAUUAAAAGGUGGUACCUAUAGUAACGAAAACUUUACAAAACUAUGUUACAAUUUAUUGCGUAUUGUAAUGUAUUUAUUACUGCAUACAUAUAGUCCUAUACAAAAAUAAUCAGUUUUCGUUAAAUAUUUGUUGUCAUGUACGUUUUACAAUAUAUUAUAUACACAAUAAACAAUCGUUCAUAGCCAAAAAAAAUAAAGUAUAACCAUAAGUCGAUAAAUAAAAAUAUACUGGGUGUAUAUAAUACAGAAUUUGACAGUUUCCUAUAUGUAUAACUGCAAACUAAAAAUCCUGCAAAUACACCGUGUGUAUUAAAAUACAUACAAUUUUAUUUGAAUUUGACCUAAAUAUAAAAAAAAAACCGACACCAAUUAUGGUUGAAUAAUAUUAAAUAAUAUAUGUAGGUACGUAGCCUAAAAGAAACCCCGUUGUGUUUUUCCGUUAGGUAUGUAUAAGUUUUCAAUCAUGAUUAAUCUAGUUUUUACCCGUAGAGACGAAUAUUAAUUGAAAUGUUGAAAUUGUCCAUAUUAUAUAUUAAGUUAAACGUGCAAGAUAUGUUAAGUAGGCAUAAAUUGUUAAUGCAUUCUAAUUUACAUACCUAAUUCAAUUAUUUCUCUAGUUCAAGUGUGUAUCAUAUUAUUUUAUAUGUAUACCAGCGAGUUUAAUAGUUUUACAAAGAUUUUUUUUAUUUUUAACGAAAUACAAACAGAAAUAAUAAAACACUUUGGAAAUAACACACAGGGGUGGUUAUUGAAGUUCUUCAAUGAAUGUCGUCAAACAGCGAAAAUCCCAAAACAAUGGCUAAAGGCAAAAGUAAUAGCACUAUUAAAACCUGGGAAAUUACCAAACGAACUAAAGAAUUUUAGGCCAAUAUCGCUACUAUGUCAUCUGUAUAAGCUAUAUGAAAGAUUAAUCCUGAACAGAAUAACCCCUGUCAUAGAAGAGAACCUAAUCAAAAACCAAACAGGGUUCCGACCUGGGAAAUCCUGUACCAGCCAGAUUUUAAACCUUACACAGAACAUCGAAGAUGGCUUCGAAACAAAGAAAAUAACCGGAGCCGUGUUUAUAGAUUUGACUGCAGCAUAUGACACUGUUAACCAUAACCUACUAUUGGACAAAGUGUAUAAAAUAACUAAGGACUACCAUCUGACGAAAGUAAUUGAGUCAAUGAACCGAAAUAGAAGAUUCCACGUAAGACUACAAGACCAAAAGAGGCGAUGGAGAAAUUCAAAAAAUGGCCUCCCACAAGGUAGUGCCCUAGCACCAAUACUUUUCAAUAUAUACACGAAUGACCAGCCCAUUAUGGAAACUACCCGCCAUUUCCUAUACGCCGAUGACUUAGCGAUAACUGCACAAGGACGUACGUUUAGUGAAAUUGAACAAACACUCACACAUGCGUUGACAAAAUUGGAUAGAUAUUAUACACAUAACUCACUAAAACCCAACCCAACAAAAACGCAAGUAAGUGCAUUUCACCUCAACAAUAAGCAAGCAAGAAAGGAACUUAAAAUACAGUGGCGGGGCACCAAUCUUGAGAAUACACAAACACCCAAGUACCUAGGAAUCACCCUAGAUAGGACAUUAACUUUUAAAAGUAACUGUGAAAAAAUCAAAAUGAAGGUCGCAACACGAAACAACCUAAUAAGGAAAUUAACUGGAACAACAUGGAGAGCUAACCCCCAGUUACUACGAACCACAGCACUUGCCCUAUGCUAUUCAGCUGGAGAGUAUGCUUGCCCAGUGUGGAGCAGAUCGUGUCAUGCGAAAAAGGUGGAUGUAGCUCUAAAUGAAACAUGCCGCUUGAUAACUAGAUGUUUAAAACCCACACCUAUACCAUUGGUACAAAUUCUAGCUGGCAUAGCACCCCCCGACAUCAGAAGAAGUGUGGCCAGUGAUGGGCAAAAAACAGCCCAGACAAAUGAUGAAAGGCACCCACUCCAUGGCUACCAACCGGCCCCAAGCAGAUUGAAAUCAAGGAAAAACUUUUUGAAAUCAACCACGGAGAUCACAACAUCAUGUGAACACGAAUGACAUCGAAAAUGGAUAGCAUCAAACCAAACCAAUAAUUUUAAAAUAAAACCAAUAGAAAAACUUCCACCUGGAUACCGUUGUGAAUGGAACACAUGAAAAACACUCAAUAGAUUGAGAUUGGGUGUUGCCCGAACGAAAAAAAAUCUAUGUAAGUGGGGAUACAAUACAGAAACUGUAGAUUGCGAAUGUGGAAGUGAACAAACGGAACAACAUAUACUCGUAUGUCCCCUGAACUCGGUGUCAUGCACACCUGAAGAUCUGGCGAAAGCAACUGACGCGGCUAUACAAGUAGCCAAUCAAUGGAGUAGAAAAGGAACAUGAUAAACAAAGCAUCUAUACCAUAGCUUGGACACGAUAAGAAGAAGAAGAAGAACUGUAUCUAUCUCCAUUAUCCUAGGACGUCUUUUUGAAUGAUAUAUUGGCUUAAAUAAGUACAUAAUAAUAAUUCAACAAUGAAAUAGUAUAUAUUGCAGUUAUGUAGUUAUUUUAAGUACUAUAUUUGAUAAUCCGCGAUAUUCGUAAAAAAACGAAACAAAAUUACAGGUUAAAUAUUUUAAUAUUUUCAAACCGGGAACUAUCAUACAAUAAAAUGGUAUUACAUAUUUUCUAUUUUCUUUUGAUUAUAUUACUAUCGCACAAUUUUGACAUAAUGAAUUUAUGUAUAUAUAUAUAUAUAUAUAUGUGCAUGCAUAAUGUAUAAUGUACACAAUUUAUAAUUGUUAUUGUAUAUAAAGAUGAAUUUAAUUAUUUUAUUAGAAUUCAAUUUCAAACAUUAAAAUGGUGAGAAAAAAAUGAACGGAAAACGCCUGCUAUAUUACUGUAUUACUGUGUUACUCUUUUAUAUUUUCUAUGAUCUCUACUCAUAUGUAUAUAUAAAUCGCAUGUAAAUAUAGAAAUAAUUAAUAUCUAAAAAAAAAAAAAUUGAAAAACAAAUAUCAUAAAUUCAUAACUAACGUCAUAUUAUUAUAUCUUGUCUAUAAGUUCUUAUAGUAUCUUAUGAAAUUUACAAAACUCUAGGUGCUUAAUAGUUGUUUUUUUGCAUUUCUUUAAAAAUUUUAAGAUUUCAAAUAGGAUCAAUGUUACAUUUUCGAUAUACUUAUAUAAUAUUACCAUAGAUAUACGACGUAAUACGUCCUGGACGUAUAGGUACGGUACACACACAAAUGGCAUUAUUUAUACACGAGUAACUAUUAUUAUGUAUAUGUAGUAUGAAAAGUGUAGGUAUAUAUUUAUGGAAAGAAAACAAAAACUAUUAGCGAAAGAUAAUUGAGAUGUAGGUCACGUCUUUGGUUUCUCCUACCGUAUAAUAUAACCAUUAAAGUUUUCGCCGCAUGAUGUUAAGCUGGUACUGGUAUCACUACUAUUACCAUAUGAAAAAAGAAACCCAAAACCGAAACAAUAUUAUAUAUAUACAUAUACUUAUUACGUAAACGGGUUAAACUUUUGAGAAGCCGAAUAUUCUAAAAAAAAAAAAAAAAACCCAUAUUAUGUCAGUAUAAUAAUUUGUCAUACAUAUUUUUGCAAACGACUUUUAUAUGUUUUAUAUAAAAGAAAAAUAAUUAUUUUGAAGCAUCUUACAACCAUUAUGGUAUAGUGUAUUUAUACUUAUGGGUGUAUUAUACUAUUAUGUAGAUAAUUACCGGGAAAUUAUUUUAUUAAUUAUAAUUUACUAUAAAAACUAUACUGCUGUUAUCGUUGUUUUAAAUUUUUGAUUCACGAUGUUUCAUACCAAAAAUAUUGCUCCGACAGAAAAACAACAAAUGAUCUGUUUUGUUUAAUUUUUAAUUUUAGUUGGUAACCAAAAAAGUCAUUUUUUUAAUUUUCUUUGUAUUAUUUUAACAAUUGAGCAAAACCGAAAAAUACGUAGAAAAUAAUCCUUUUAUUACAUUAAAUUUUGUUUUUUUUUUAAUCUAAUUUAAUUAAAAAUAUUGAUAAGGACUUGAAAUUUUGACAGAAAAUUUAAUUUUGUUUUUUUAAAACAUUUUCAAAACAUUUCAGCCAUUUUUGUGCUAUUUACAGAUAUUUCAAUUUUGGAGUUUUUUGUUUUACGUAAUUUUAAUAUGGUAGGAACUAUGUGGAUAAAAUUGUUAGAUUAAAUAGAAAUGAUUGAAAAUUUGACAGGAGGUUCAUUAUAAGUCGUACUUUGUGGUCGAAAUAAGAAAACUGUGUGUAACAUGUAGUAUUUUUAUUUUUUUAUACGAGUUUUAAAUCAAAUUUUGACGAAAAUCGUAACUAUUACGGUCUUUCAAACCGUGUAUAACUGAACUUCGCUCCGGAUCGUUUUUCGUUAGCAAUGGUUUAUCGGUGCUUAAAAAUAUUAAUUAAAUAACUUUAUUUAAUACAUUUUUAUGAAGUCUGUCACAACACUAAACAAAUUCCACUUUAAAAAGCAUAGAAUCGUUGCACCAACGUAUAAAUUAUAUUUAUAUUUAUAUAUUUGGAAGAAAAAACCGCUAUGAAUAAUUAAAGCAACUAUACUGCAGAAGAAGAAAAAAAUGGUAUGUCAUAAAUUGGAAAAACUAAUUAUUUAUCACUACGCACAGACGUUAAACAGAGACACAUUACUGCUACUGCUGCACAUUAGCACCUAAUGGAAAAUGAAAAUUUAAUGUACUUACGCGAAACUAACCGUUUAUUAUUUUAUAUCUAUACAUAAAAAAAUCGAAUAAUACGAGUAUAAGAAUUGGAUUAUGUAUACGAAGACAACAAUAAAAACACAAUACGAUGUUAACUAUCGAUGAAUCUUAGAAAAUUUAAAGAAAAUGAUAAUGUAAAAUCGGACAAAUUAAACAAAACUGCAUAAGAAUACUAUGAAUAGAUAAAGUGAUCAAAAAAAAUUAGCGUAAUUUUAAAUUCUGUAUCAGAUAACCGACCAUAUUAUAAUUUAUAAAAGUCUUACGACGUAAAAGAUUUCGUUGCAGUAUAUUAAGAAGUAUAAUUUAUUGGUUAAUCCAAUGAUUUUCAAUCUUUUUCGAAUCACGACCCCACAAUUUUUUUUUUGUUUAAAACGAUUUCUUCAAAAGUUGUUUAAUAUAACUUGAAUACUAUGAUUUACAAUAUACAUGAUACUUAUAGUUUUUGAUGAUACCCAACUUAUCACUCGUGACCCCUUUUCAAGUCACGAACCCCAGAUUGAAAACUAUUGGGUUAACCCAUGAAAUAUAUUAUAUACGUAUGCCAUGAAUACAAGCCAAGUGUUAGAAAUAAUUUCAAAUAUUUUUUACAUUAUCAUAUAAUUGAUGAAAUAAAAAAAUAUGUCCUAUGAUAUAAAAUUUGCCUUCUUUGUGAAUAAAUAUACAAUAACAAGCUUCCCAUUUAGUUUGUUUAAAAUUCAGCUAUCUAUAGUAGUUUAAUGCAUCUACGUCGCAUAUUUAAAAUGAAAACAACCUAGAGAGUUAAGGUAUUUUACACGUCUGACAGGUGUCGGGGUGCUAGAGUGAAAAUAAAAUCGACGUUACAUUCUAAUUAGAUUAAAUGUUCAGAUUAAUAUUAUACUAUAUGUAUAAGAAGCUACUUCUACGACAAAAGAAAAAUUCAGUUUUACUGGAUUUCGCACACUUUGGUAUAUUUUUAUUUCCCGAAGCGCUUAAACUUUCAUUUAGUGCCUACUUCCCUAUACUUAGGAUGAUACUUAGCUUGGUUUAAAAUUCACAAACCGUCAGUAACAAUUUAUUUGUGACUUUUAUAUAUUAUGCUUUUGCAGAGAGUGCUAAAGGGUGAAAACGGUGUAGUGCUGGGAUUUUAGUUUUUAAAAAGGAACUUUCGAGUGGAGUCGUAGUAAACACAACGUUUAUAUUAUAAGAAAUCGCCCACUAGACUCCUUUACGUAUAAUAUAAUAGUCUUUGCCUACAUACCUACCUUUUUUUUCUUUUUUUUUUCUCUGUGCCACCUAAAAGGUAUCGAAUUUAUGGUUUUUCUACUUACCUACCGAUACACGUCGUCGUCGUAUAAACCGAAGCACGUUUUAACAUGCCAGAAGAAAGGUCGACUAUAUUUUAAUAGCUGUUAAAUGUUAAUGACAAGGAUAUUUACUCGGUUCACCUAGAUUAUUAUUAUAUAAGCGUACUCGUAAAUCCAAGUGUAUAAUAUAUUAUGAUAAUGGAAUUAUUAUUAGCCAUGAUGUAUCCGUGGUACAGGUGACGGUGGUCAGAAAACAAUCAACGUGAAACCCCUAUAUAUAAGUAAUUUGCAUUUUUAUUACGGUUAAAAAAAAAAAAAUUUGAAUAAGGUUCGUUGUUGGUGUAUAAAAUUAUUUAUGUAGGUAUAUUAUUGUGCGUAAAACUUCGUAAUGAAAUCUUGGGUAUAGCUGAUUUGGGCCGCGUAGGAACAUACCUAUACAAUAUAAGACUUAAGAGAAGUUUUAAUUGUCGUUUUCUUCUGUCACUGAAACGCGUGCGCGCGUCACGAAAUAAAGUUCGUUUAUAAUUAUUAUUGCAACGAGAUAAACAACUUAAAAUAAUUUUGAAAUUAUAUACUUCACGUAUAAACACUAAUAUAUAAUAAUCGUGAAAAAUGUAGGGGUUACCCAUAUGGUAUACAUUUUAAUACUAUAUUUUCGUACGAUCAAAAUAUUAUAAUUUCUCUUAAAUUUUAACGUAAACAAUAUAAUUUUUACCUGUCCUUCCCCUCUCUCUUAAAAAAAAAAAUCUAUUUCAAUUUAAACAUUUCCUGUUUCACAUAGUGUUUUUUUUCUUACGAAUUUUUAAAAGUGUAUUUUUUAAGUAUAAAAAAAAAAAAACUACUGAAGAAUUUAAAAACUACUUUCCCAAGCGAAUAUCUAGAACCUGCAAAUCCACACCCAAUCUAUCGAUAUCUACUCUAAAAUACCUACUUCGUAAAAAAAACUCAAGUAGUAAAAUUCAGGAAAUAGAUUUACAUAUAUUUCUUUUUAACAUCAACUAUAGCUAUAUAUUAAAGUCUGUCAAAUUUUUAUAUAUAAAUUUGAUUUCGAUUUUACUAAAGAAUUAUAUUUUAGACUCCUAUUUAAAUCGUUCUAAAGUUCGCCCCGCAGUAUUAUCUUAUUAUCAGUAUCAUUUUAAAACAUAACUUUUUUUUCUACAUUUAAAUAGAAUGUAUACAAUUUUUUUUUUUUCGAAAAUUAUUAUCUAAAAUUAAAUGCAUUUUGUUUAAAGGAUUGCGUGUAUUAAUUGUGUUUUUCUCUUCAAUUUACGUGAUUUAUAUGUUUAUUAUGUUGUAGGAAAUGUGGGAUACCGGUCAGGUAUUAAGAUAGGAGAGGAUAACAAAAAUAAGUUUACACAGCGUGUUUAAAAAAUUGUAUAGUUUAUUAUAAAAUGCCAUUAUUGUAAUAAUUGUUUUAAAAUAUUCGAAAUAUGAUAAAAUGUAAUAAAACUUUGUUCACAUUGUCCGGGUAAUGUACACAUUGAUCGGUAUUCCACAUUUCUCGUAGUAUAUACAUAAAUAUUUGUAUUCGUAGUGCGGAAUAAAAAACUGAAAAAGAUGCGGAAGAUUUAUCCACAUAAUUCGUUUAUAUUUUAAAUUCUGAACGGAGCGAAAAAGUUAAUGGUUUUACAAAGCUGUUUUUUUUUUAUCUGUUAACAACUUUUCUUCCAGAAGACUUACUCGGAUUUCUAAGUGAAGCAUUUUUCUGAAAAAAAAUUGGUGUGGGGAGGCACUUUAAGAAACUCAUUUUUUGAUUUUCUUAAGAGUUUUCCCAGCAAUUGUGAAAAACCGGGAUAAAACAUGUGAAAAUCGGUACAAAACUAAACAAACAUUAUUAAAGAAAAUAUAUAAAGACUAUUAUUUUACUAUAUAAUAAAAUAUAUAUUAUUGACAAAGGAUCACUAUCAAAUUGAACUCCGCUUAUAAUCGUUUUUUUCGUAAGCAGUGGUUUAUCGAUGCUUACAGGUAUACAUUAAAUUAUCUAUAACAAUGGCAGCACCCUUCCCCAUUAUCCUAGGAUGUUUUUUUAUUUUACUGUUCUAAAAUUAUAUUUAUUUCUUAGUUUAACACAAUGAUUGAAAUACAAUGUAUGUUGUACGUAGCAAAUAAAUUGCAUUCAAUUUAAAAUAUACCUACACUUUUAGUUUAGAAAUUGGAUCAUAAUUAAAAUCAAAAAUCCUUUAAUUCAUUAGAAGACUUGGGCAAACGACACAUUAUAUAUUGUUGUUAAUGUUUAAUUUUUAGAAUUAAAAAAGACAUGAAGACAUCAUUAUUUUUGGAGUUGAACAAAGGAACAUGAGUACUAACUAUUAGAGAUUAUUGAUAAAAAUUUAGAACAAUACUAGAAAAAAACGUAUCCACAGACUAGAACAAAGAAAGAAAUAAAUAAACAGCAUUGUAAAACCAAUAGCCCGUCUUGCAGACAGUAAAUAAUAGAAAAAAUUCCUAGGUUGUUGUUAUAUUAGUAUUAUACACUCAACAGUAGUUAUUAAAUCAAAAUAAGGUUUAUUAUACUAUUAUACAUGAAAAAUAAAAAAUAAAACUCUAAUUUAACUUUUAUUUUGUAUACUACAUAACGUUAAAAAUGUACAUAUAAGCUACACGCGCAUUCGUUCUGUAAACGACAGUCGAUAUUGCUUUAGCGUAUUAUAAAAAGUCAUUUUUCUUCUGGGCGAAACAGUUCGAGAUAUGCAAAAUUAUUUUUUUAUGUUUAUAGUUUAGUAUAAUACGAGUACCAAUAGCGGUAGCAGUGUAGUUUAAAGUCUAUAAAAGUUUGUUUUCGUUCGAUCGUAUUCGCAUUUUAUAUAUGCGGUGUUCCGUAUAAUAACAAUAAUAAUAUCGGUAUAUACCUUAUUUAAUCAUUUAUAUUAUACUUUUUAGCACAAUCAAUCCAUACCACUUUGUUAUACGCACAGAUAUAUACUAAAAUAUGCUUUAUUAUUAAAUAAAUAAAAUAUAAUUUUAAUAAUGCGGAAUAAUAUUUCAAACCACAAAAUAAUUAACAAUUAUCAUAAGUUAUGCGCGUACAGAAUUUUCCAUGAAUCAACGAUUUUAUCAGAGGUUUUUAAAUUAUUUGUAUUUCUGUUUUAUUCCCGUUACGGUUCAUUGUCAUUUAAGAAUCAUUUAAGCUUCGUAUUUAUUUAUUUAAGUUUUAAAUGGUCCCGACCCAAUUACAUUGAAUGUACUCAAAAUAUUAAUCGUUCGUUAACAAUGAAAUUUACUAGAAAAAAAAGCAAAACAAUAAAAUACACUAUACAAUUAAUAUAAUAUUAAUAGCUAUAUUUUAAUAAAUAUGAAAUUAUAAUACACUUGAAAAUGUUAUAGUUUAAUAUGAACAAAUUUAUUUUUAAUUAAUUUAUAGUUUUCAUAAUUCUAUUAGGGGGAGGGGGAAUAUUACUUGCAUAAUUAGUUACUUAAGUGUUUAGAUAAAAUUUAUUUUUAAACUGCGUGUUACGAGUAGAUGUAUAGAAGAAGGAACGACUUGAAAACUUAGGACAGCCAAUUUCUCCUUUGAAUAGUUAAUACGUAAAGUAUAAAUUUAAUCUCCAAACGACGUUAUUCAAGUAUCUCGAAGUUAAAAAACGAAAAAAAUUGUUGUGUAUGAAGAAUGCUGCUCUCUGGAUAUAGAACAUUUAAAUAAAAGGAAUCAUAAGAACUUUUGCUGAAUUGUUUCAAUUUUACAUUUGUGAACCGAUUGGUACCGUUUGAAAACCAUUUUAAAUUGUUCACCAUUUUUUUUGUCAUUAUACCUUAAAUGAGUAUAUGGUUUUGAUCUAUGCAUCGGGGAUCUAGGAAACCUUUCAUUUUAAAUAUACAGAUUCGAAUAGAGGACAUUUUUCUAAACUGUUUUGAUAUCAGUGUUUAACGCUGUAAUAUCGAAUGUACGUACAUUUUCGUAAAUGUUUAAAAUUUAAAUCUGAUCAAUAUAAGAUUGGGUUAUCAAAGUUUCGUUUAAAAAUAGAAUCAAACAAGAGUAGAUGUAAAAAAUUUCAAGUACCUAACGUUAAAAUGAAGCUUAGCGAUUCCGUAGAAACUUUAAUUUCUUAAUCAUAUGUGUAUAGUAUACUAUAGUAUCUGUGUAAAGAUACUAUACAACAACGACACCUAAAAGUGUAUAACCACCAUGGAAAGUUUUGCAAGUUGAUAAUGGUCAAGGUGGAAUCAUAGCGCGAGAUUUGUUAGUACUGAGUUAUUUAUUUAGGCCUGUAAAAUUGUGCACUAUGAAACCUGUACAAAUAAAAAUAAUAAAUCUAAUUAAAAUCCCUUAUCUUUUAUAGAUACGUACUUUUGAAAUUGACAAAUUUUGUAAAUUUGAUUUACUUUUGAAAUUUUUUAUGUAAAAUAAUAAUAUAUAAUGAUUGUUUGCAAAAAUGUUAAUAUUUAUAGUUAGUUAUCAAUGGUUAGUCGUUGCGUACAAAUACACAUUAAUUUUCCCUUUUAACUUCUCAACUUCUCAUCUACCACAGUGUCCCUCUCACGUGUGAAGUAUGUCCGUCUUUUUUUUUAUAUGUAUAUGUUACCAACUUUUUUCCAAGAUGUGUUGUUCUAAAGAAAAACAUUACAGGAAUAUUAUUUAUCUAUUUGGUGCAUUGUGGAGGUAAUUACCUUGGCAACACAUCAAAAUGAAUACUCUGCUCUGGAUUUUUUUUCCGUUAACAACGAUUUAUUGUUGCGUACUGGCAUAAAUUAAAUAUUGCUCUUAUAUUAUGUCAUUCUUUCCAGCUUCACACCUAUAUUACAGUAAAACAUCUACUAACAAUAUAUCCCGCCUUAUUGAUAUAAAAUAUACACACGAAAAUAAAACGUACCUAAUAAGUAUACACUUUAAACGAACAAUUUAAGUGCAAUAAUUUACCUACAAUAUAUACUUACGUGUUUUUUAAUUACCUACAUCAUGUGAACGUACCAGACUGACAGACACGAUGACGGUAACUAUACUAUUAUACUGCUACUGUCUACCGCCAGGCAGAGUAGGUAGAUAAACGCAAAAUACUCGUAUAGUGUUGUAAACUACCGUUAUUUAAUUGAACCUUGCCCGGCCGUAAAGAUCUCCGGUCUUGCAGAAGAAAAGUACGAAAAGCGCUCGUAGUAUUCGGCUGUUUCUCAUACAUUAUAAUAGUAAACACUGCACGUGCAAACGACAAUCGGCGGAGGCACGGUAUCGGUCGUUUACACGUACGUGGUAUCUUUAUAAUGUGUAGGUGUAUACGCAAGAUAAUAGGUAUUAAAAUAAUAAUAAUAAUAAUACAGGAGACCAAUAAUAUGACGAUUUUAAUUAAAAUCCGUUUGGACCGCCCGGUAUCCCUGCGGUAGGUACCACGGGCGAUGUUGGCGGUCCUACCGAUCGGAAAUCGACAGUCAAAAUAUCUAUAAUCUCCCCACUGCCACGAGAAAGAGUCUUUUCGGUGGCUUUUAAUCAUCGAUUUCGUGGUCUACAACUAUAAUAUAAUGUGCGGCGUAAUUUACAGUCACUCGGCGAAAAGCUAUUUGUCAAACUGCUCGUGAACAAAAACCAAUAUUAUUAUCUCGCCGGUAUUGCAGAUGUUAUUGUGUAUAUGCUCUAAUUGUUAUUUGUCGCAGUCAUAUUGCAACUAUUGUACUUUAAUUGUACAAAUUGAUAAUUCAGUAGAUAUAUUAUGCAUGUGUAUGUUUUCGAUUUUAUGUAUUGAUACUAUACUCACUCUUGUUAGAUUAAAAUUUUUUUCCUUAAACGUUACGAAAAAUGGCUAUACCAUUAGCCGUCGUGGACUUACAUAUAUAGAUAUAAUAGAUAGAUCAAGCAUUAUACACGUUUUGUGUAUAGAACGUUGAAGCCAUCUUUCAUUAGAAAUAUAGAAUGAUUGCGUGACUGCCAAAAAGGUUAUUAUUAAAUUUAACAUUUUACUCCCAAUGGAAUAUUGAAUCUACUGUAGAUAGUUGAUCAUAAAUAUUAAACAAUAAAUAGGCUUCCACAAGCGCAAUCACUUUUCGGAAUAGAUAUGUAAGAUUAAAACUAUCCUGUAGACCGCUAUCUCUCUCUAGCGACUAGCUAAGGGUAUUUUGAGGUUAUGCUCAAACUAUCUUUAUUCGUGAACUGUAGCUAUAACUUUAAACAAAUUAAGAAAAUUCUAAGUUCUGUGUUAUAAUGUGAAGUUAUAGUUUUAUUAAUUAAACAAAUUGUUUUGAAACGUACAAUAAGUUUGAAAAAUAAUAUAGAAUAUUUGAACAUAAUUUAAAAAUACUUCUCGACCAGAGAAUAAACCGUAUAUCUCUAUUCCCCAUUUCGGGCAUACGUAAACUGCGUCCGAACGAUAUUUAUUUUUUUUUGUAAACUGCACCUGAGUUUUCAUCAAUGUUAAAACGGUAUAAUUUAAACUGGUAAGAUUAGGUAGGGUUAUUAUUAUCUGCUUGUUAUUACCAUACUUUAUACAACUCAGUUGAACAAAAUAAUUUUCUGUCCAAAUUUAUUCGACUCUCACAAAAAUAUUAAAGUAUUUAGCAUAUAAUAACUAUAUAAAAAUGUCACAUUCAAUAAAAUCAUAAUAUUUGUGAAAAUACCAACCGUUAUCGAAUAUGAAUAUCGAUAUUAACCACUAUAUGCAAAUUUGGUCUGCUAAUGUUACCUUUUUACAUUUGAUAAAAACACGGACGCAGUUUAAAUAUUUUGUGUUUAGAUAUGUCUUGGACGUAAGUUAUUAAUUUGCAACUUUAUUAUCUAUUAUUUGUUAUCAGCUAUAGUUAUAAUCUGCAAAAAUAAUAGUAAUCAGUAAUAAUUGUCGUUAAUUUAAUGUAGAAACAUGACGAAGAAUUUUUCGUGGUUUCCAAUAUUUUCGAUAAAAAAAAGAAUCUUAAUGAAGACUCCGUCGUGUAACCGUAAAGCAUAUCAAUUUUUGCUAGAAAAACAGUCUUUCUUAGUUGACUUUUGGAAUAUGAAAUUAUUAAUAAUUGUUUAACAUUCCUUGCUCUUUGAUAAUAAUAAUUAUUGAGACAAGUAUUGAAUAUUAAUAAAGAUAACUUUAAUAAAAAUUUAAAACGUCGAAAGAAAAUUAUGAGUAUUCAAUAUUCGUAUCUCAAUUAUUAUCAAAUGAGUGUUACACAAUAGUAAUUUCAAUCUCAUUGAAAAUAUCGUCUAUGAGUCUCCCUCAUUUUAAUAAUUUAUUUAUCACAAUAAGUUUAUAAGAAGAUAUCACUAAUUAGUGAUGAUUCGCUUAUCCAAAACAAGUGGUAUCGUCGAUUUCCCGCUUUAAAACUAAUCGUAAAUAUAAAAUACACUAAUAAAACUACGUAGUGGAGUACCCGCAUCACCAUCGUCCAUCUGCGGGAUGAUAUUUUUGGAGGCUGCAGUCGGGUAAUAAACGACCCCCGGUGUAGAAUAUAUACCUAGAGGUGAUUCCCGAGGGAAAUGUUCCGGCUAAUCCGUGUGCGGUCUUUGAUAUAGCGACUGCCCUUUAAUCACGAUACAUUAUUAUACCGCUUUCUACUGCCAUGGCUCUCAUUUGAACACCGCAGGAGCCCAGGCCAUCCGUGCAAAAUAUUCGUUACAAGGUGUUGCCGUCAGCAGUGAUAGAUAAACCGUGGAUGAAUGGAAGAGAUCUCGUCACCACCGCCGCUGAUGGCCUGUGCUCGGAUACGACGACGACCAACGGAGAUUGCAAUUUCCGGGAUACGUUUCAUGGGAAACGCGCAAUGUUUAUUUGGUGUCCACGUCGGUGUUUUGAUUGUGAGAGGGCUAAACUGAAACCAAAAUACCAUUGUAUAUCAAUAUAUACUCUGCAAUCGUUUGGUCAGCGAUGAAGUGUUGUGCAUCAGUGAUAAAAAUAAUUUUUAUAAGUCACCCCCGUGGACAAAAUCGAGUAGUAUAGUGACUAUAAUAUAAUGUGAUGUUUACACCGUGAUUGUAUUUAAACAAGUGUCACUGUAAAACUAUAUGAACAUAUAUUUCACUGGAUAACAAAAACCCAAAAACAUUUUGAGGUUAACAAUUUUAUAGUGAAUAGAAAUUUGCUAUUGAUUUCGAGCGUGGUUUUAGACUUGUAAGAUUUACUCUUAAUUGAGAUAAUCACUAAUUCGUAAAAAAUCAAAAAUUACAAAAAAAAAAAAUAUAUCGUUUCUCCCUUAAAUAUAAAUUUAUUGUAUUUUUAAAGAAUUGUGCAAAAAUUUGGGAUCAAUCUGUCAAGUUAAAUCUGUUUUCUUAGAGUUCUAAAAUUAAGUUUGGUAAUUAUUUAUCAAAAAAUUAUGCUAAACUUUUCACUGCAGCUUUUUUUCUAGUUUAAUUCACGAUUAUAAAUUAACAUACAUUAAAAAGUAAAUUUUAUAAGAAUUUUUAAAAAUCAUUGUUGUUUUUUUUACGUUAUAAGAAGCUUACAUAAUUGCUGUUAAAAAUAUGUGAAAUUUUGAAAAAAAUCGUCAUACUGUAAAAAUUAUUGUUGCUUAGUUUUUUUGAUAAAUAAUUUUAAAAUUCAAGUUUAGAGGACCGAAAAACCAAGUUCAACCUGACAGACCAGUUAUACAUUUUGCAAAACUAUUUCAUAACAUAAAUACAUAAUACAUUCAUACUUAAAAGAGAAUAAAAAUUGUUUGUAUUUAUGAUUCUGAGUAGAGUGAAGAAGCGUAUGGUUUUACAAAGAUGUUCAUUAUUGUUUUAUCGAUGGCCAACUUUUCUACCACAAAUCUCGUUCCAAUUUUUAAGUGUAGUACUUUUUCUGAAAGGAAAUCAGUGUGGAGAAAUAUUUUAAGGAUGUCAGUUUUUUCAACAAAUGUGAAAACUGUUUAAUAAUAAUGGAUCAUGGGUAUUUAGGGUCUAUCUGGGACUAGCGUUGUCAAUUAUGUACGGAAUCAUUUUGCGUCGAAAGUUUUGCGAUAUUAGAAAGUGUAAUUUAGGAGAAGAAUAGGUUGAAAUGAAAGUAGAUGAAGAAAAAGAUGUUUUUGGAGUUGAAGCAGAUUUGAUUUGGUUUUAUCAUCUUCUAAGCCCAAAAUCAUGUCAAUGUUUCUAUGUUUGUCCGUGCAGUCGAGAAUAUUUCUCUUUUUCUUUCUUUUUCACGUUCUCGAACUUUCUGUGUAUUAUUAUAAAUAACGAUAACCGAAAAACACUCACUAUCGAGUUUUAUUUGGUUGCCAUGCUUAUUAUGUUUUUAUAAUGAUUAGUUAUUAUUAUAUUAUUUUUGCUGAAUUCAAACAGCAACACAUACAUUUAAGUCAUUGAAAUUCGAAACGUGUCCCGUUGAUGCGUAAAAUAUUUUGGACACGAGCAGGUAACGUUUAGAAUGAUGAUGACGAGUAGUGUGAAGGACAACGAAGCUUUUAUUAUCCGCUGUCUUUUUCCAGAAAGGAACGCGUGUUUUCGACAUCAAAAGAACGUCCUCUUUCGCUUCCCAUUUCGGGUGCUAAAAACAAUGCUCGAGUUGUCGUUCUUCCUCCUCGUCAUCGCAUCGUAAUAUUAACGCCAGAAAUACCAUCGUAGUAGUUUUGUACCGAUGCCAACUCAACCGCCAUCGCCAACCUUUCGGCCGUUAUAUUAAAUAUUAUUAUACGAAAGCGUAAUCCGUUUUUCAUUAAACACACCAAUACACCCUGCAUAUAUAUUAUACAUACAUACACCCUCUCUUCCUCGCUCUUUCUCACUCUUACAUAUAUACAGGACACAGGUACUCUUUGCGACGGCCGCAAAACAAAUUCAUUACUUCCGUCACUGUGCUGCGUCAGCUUUUAAUAAUAAUUGUAGUGAUUAUGAUUGUUCUGCUGGUAGGCAUGAAAAAAAAAAAUGUUUAAAAUACAUACCUACAAACAGAUUCGCUCUAUUUUUUCAGCUGUAAACUACAUAAGUACUUUGUGUACUAAUCGGUUAUUUUUUGAACUUAAGCCUGAAUAUAACAAAAAUAAUUGUGUGGUAUUAAAACACACUAAUUCGAGCUGCAAAUUUAUGUAAGACGUUUUAAAAUGGAUAAAAAAAAUAGUCCGAUACGCUUUGUACCAUGGAUAGGCACCUUUUCUAAAAGAAAAUCGGUGUGUAGGGAGGUGCUUUAAAGAGGUAGUUUUUCGAUUUUCUCAAGAGUUUUCUCAUCAAAUGCGAAAAACCGAAAAAAGAGUUGAUACUGGAGAUGGGAGCGGCCACUGUUGUAAGUGGGAAAUUAAGAAGGUAGGAUACAUAAGGUUAUUUCAUUUAUAUCUGUAAGCAACGAUAAACCAUUGCUAACGAAAAAUGAUUCUGAGCACAGUUCGCUAAUGUAUAAUUUGAAAUGUAAUUUUUAUUGCGAUUUUUGUUUAAAUUUGGUUUCAAAAUGCUUAUUAAAAAAAAAAAUACAACGAAACAAAAAAGGUUUCUUGUCAUUUUUCGAUUAAAACAUUUUUCCUAAUAAUAAACGUUUUCCAUAUUAAUAUAAAACAAUGAUAUCGUAAAACUUUACGUUUUUCCUACGUUUUCUCCCAAUUAUUAUGAAAACCAAAAUAACGAAUUAUAUCAUUAAAAACAACAUUAUAAUUCAACAAAAAAAGGUCACUUAUCGUUUUUCAAUUGGAGCCAUAUUUGUGCUAGAAAACAUUGUAGGUACUUAUUUAAAAUGACGAAAUCGUGAAAAAAUCGUAUUUUUUUCCCGGUUAAUCGUUUUUAUUUUAAAUACUGUUUCGAAAAUCAUAAAAUGAUCUAUAUAUUUACUAAGUAGGUAAAAUCGACUUGCAGUAAAGGUGCUACACUUAUGAAUCGGAGCAAGUCUUCUUGGAUAAAAGUGGUUUACAGUGUAAAAAAAAAAAAAAAAAUACCAUUGUAAAAAAUUUAAAAAGCAAAAAAAGUAGUCCGAUCAUUUUGGAAAUUUGACUACGUCUAAGUAAAUCCAAUAUAAGUAUUAAUACCAAGUUUCAAGUCUCUACAUGCAUUUAUAACCGAAUAGCAGCAAAAAACUCUCAACAAUUCAAAAUUCCUUAAUAACUCAAAAGUUUUGGCGAUGAUACCGUAAGAAAUUAAAUCAAAACGGCAACAAAAAAGGUAUCUUGUGAUUUUUUGAUUAAAUCAUUUUUUUCUGGUAGAAAACGUCAUCCGUGUUUUUAUAAAAUAUUUAAAACGUAAAAUUGUACGUUUUCUUACGUUUUUUUCCCACUUAAGUGCUUUUAUUUAAAUAAUGGCGUCGAAAAUUAAUGUCCAGUAUAGAGUACCAUUUAGACAACUUGAUCAUUCAGAAAAGUUGCUACACAUAAAAAUCGUAGCAAAUUUACUAAGGAAAAAACAUAUUCUCAGUCUAAAACAAAGAAAAAAAAAGGAAUAAAUAUCUUAGUAUCUUGUUACGCUCAGAAUCUCAAAUGGUUGGAGUUAGUGUUGUAAGUUGAAACACCCUAAAAAUCACAACCUUAUUAAUGAUAACACCAACAGACAAAUACAACAUUUCUUCCACUUAGCUUUAUUUUGGGUGGCUGUAGAGGUGUCCAAUGUUAAUAAUAACACCCUGUACUCGUAGCAACAUAUUAUAUGCUUAUAAAUUCAUUAAAAAAUUGUACACCACUUCUAUUACUUUAUUUCGUCUACAAAAAAAAUUCUAACUCUCGAGUUUGAGCUCAUUUAUCUAAAAAUCUAAAAGUAACGGAAAAAUAAAAUAACAGACACACUGAUGCAAUAGUCUAUUUUAUAUUUUACGACAAAAUUCGAUGAAUCCCAUUCGAGUUACCGGAAAGUCAUAGAAAAUGUAUUUACACUGUUUGAAUUAAUGUGCUAGGUUCAUACAAUUUUUACCUAGGCUUAUAGACUUUGAAGUUCUCAGGCAUCUUUUUCGAUUUUCCGCAUUUUAAAUUUAUUCAUUAUUGUUGUUCUAAGUUUUUUAAAUCUUUGUUCACCCUAUCAAGUCUAUUGUCCAGCGUGGUCUACUACUUCCUCUGUCUAUUCGGUUCAUGGUCAAGAUCUUAAUAUGUAUUAUCUUAUCCUUUACCGGCCAGACAUUGUGAAAUUACUUUAGUCUUUUAGCUUUCAGAUCGAUUUGUAGACUUGGAAUAUUGAAAAUGUUUUCUUCAUUUUUUUUUCUCACAUAUCUUUCUAACCCUGUUUAAGGUUUAGUAUAAACCCAUUUGUAUAUGUAAAACUAUUUUCACUCUUAAAUAUGACGAGUUCAUCGCCUUUCGUUGUUUCCCAAAUCUCGCGGACAUGCAUAAUAAAACAACAUAACAAUAAAUAAGUUAUAUUAUACGUUAAGAGCUAGGAUACCUAGAGCUUUGUUUUAGAAUACUAUGAUUUGAUUUUUUUUCGGUAUUAAAAAUCUACGUGUAAGAGCUCUUGUUACUUUCGUCCUCUCUCGGCAGAGGUGCUGGUGGAAGGAUGCUUUUGGAGAUUAUGUAUGUCGACCGCGGGAGAACCUUCGGUUUCACAAUAAGUACGAUAUGAUAGAAAAAAAAUAUUUAUCGUUUUAUAUUUUCACCGUUUUACGAUUUUGCGCACGCAAACGACUGCUACGCCAUGGAAUUAUUAUCAUUCGGUUUUCAAACGUUGCUGCAACGGCUAAACGUACAUUCAAAUAAUUUAUCGUUUUGCCAGGUAUCCAUACUCAGCGUUACAAUAUAAUAUUAUUUUUAUUUCGUUCGGUGCCUGGAGGGGUAACAGCUGCACGGCGUUUGCUUUUAUUUAACGUUACAAUAAUAUUACACGUAUAUUAUCUUAUAUUCCAAGAAAAACUCGUUUUUUUUUCGACCAAUUUUCGACCUGGGUUUUAUGCAAUCGAAACGUGGCUCCGACGAUAUUAUAUAAAAGGCGACCGACAAAACAAAAUUAAGAAUAAUUAUGUACUUUACCGUACAUAUACUAAUUCGUAUAUUAUUUUAUUAUCGUUGUUAUUGGUCUGAACCAGUUUCCUAGACGUAUAGGUAGAUAUGUAGGUAUAUUAUCUUAUAAUUAUCGUAUUGCACAGAGUUCAAUACGUGUGUGACCGAGACAGAAUGUUAGAAUCUAGCGCUGCAGGUGAAAGAAUGUCUUUGAAAAUCCGUAUAAUAUGUAGGUCAUCGUCCCCUAUUUAUUAUACAUUCGCGCACAUGGCUAGAAUAUUUUCAUCUGACGGUUAAUGGGUUUUGUUAUCUUUUUAAUAAAGUCAAUGGUUAAAAAGUGAAUGGAUAUACUGAAAAUACAAAUGCACAUACGUGUUAUACUCGUCGGCGACGUCAACUAAUAGUAUAUAAUGUAAUAUUAUUCGUUCGAAAUAAUAUUGUUUGCGAAUUAUUCUCAGUCGCAGUAUACAAAUUUAUAACAAUAUUGUUAUAUUUUUUCACAUUUUUACAUUUUAUAGACUAGUAAUAUGGCUGUUAUUUUUUAUAAUUUUUAAUAAUUAUAUGAAUAUUUUUAUUUAAUGUAUAGAAUAUAGGUAAGUAUUGUCACGAAUAAGGGAAAACUAUUCUGAGUGGAGUAAUAUUAUUCUAUUAUUAUUUAGAACAAUAAGUAAAUGUGCUAGAGAGGAGUUACAUGUGAAACUUUUGAGGGAAGAAGCCAUCCAUUAGUGACACUACCUAUUUUGAAUUUUUGUUUUUGUUUUAUUUAUUUUUUGUUAAUAUAAUUUAUAUAUUUUUUUAAAAAAAAAAAAAAAAUGUCAUGAUCAUUCAGAAGAUUACGAUACCAUCUUCGUUUUAGGCGUCUUGAGAGAUUUACUAGAAAGGAUAGUGUUGAUCAAUUUUUUAUAAGAGGAUUCGAAUAGAAAGGUAGUUUGUUAAGAAAUUUUUUGUAGAAAAAUUUUGUUUCAUCGAGUACUGUUGUUAUUUUUAAGUCAUUAUGGAAGGUAAGAUUAGAAACAAAGGGAAGGGCGUUAGUUAUUUUUCUUAGGGAAACAUUUUUUAAAAGUUUGAAUUUUUGUUAUGUUCGAUUUUUGUGCAUCAUCUCAGUACUCCAGAGCUGGAGCUUGUAAGUUACAAAAAUUAAAAACAAUAAAAUCGGUAACAUUAAAAAAAAAAAAAAAAAAACAUUAUAUUUAAUUUUUCUUUUUAACACUAGGUAAAUACCAACUUAUUAUGAAUCUGCUAUUAAAUUUUAAAGCAUUUCUGUUCGGUUAAACAAUUAAAUCCAUAUAUACACAGUACCUACCAAAAUCUUAAUCUUAAAAAGCUAAUGCUGACUGGUUGGCGUGUUGAACCUGGGACUAUUUUAUUUAUAUCUAUACUGAACGAUAAAUUGUCAAAGAAAUAAGAUUUUGAGCGAAAUUUGGUUAAAUACAUUUUUUAAUACCUUGAUUUUUACGAUUUCGUCAAAGUUUGAUCUUAAAACACUUUUAAAAAACGACUUCAUUACGCUCAAUUUCGUGUUUUAAUAACCACUUACGAAGCUGAUCGUCGAAGCAAGAUUUCUGGCAUAUAAGAUUAUUUACAAGUAGAAAAAUCACAUGUUAUAUUUUAUAUUUUAGUGAUUUGAUAUGUUACAACACGGAUAAACUUGAUAAUAUUCGUUACGUAUUUAAUACGUUAUAUUUUGUCGAUAUUGUUACAUUUAACUUUCCUUACUAACAGUUUCCACCCAGGAACACAAUUAUUUUCGACACAUUUCAAUGUGCGAUAAUACAAUUUUUACUUGGAUAUUUGAAGUUUCUCUUAAUCGGGUAUUUAAUAUGUUAAUAUUUCCCUGUAAGCAUUGUUGUUAUUUAGAAGGAGAAAAGAACUGAUUAUGUAACCGCUUGAAAAUAAAUUAUUGUUGUUAUUUUUUUUUUUUAAAUAAAUAUUUUUUUUACUAAUCGAAACAAAAUAUAUUUUUAUUCUGGAUAUUAUAAAUUAAAAAUGAACCCUCUUCCACGAUGACGGUGUAAAUAGGGAGAGGGAAGUGGUUCCAAUUACACAUUUUUCGAUGAAAAAAUACUUGUAGAGCGUGACAUUUGAUUUCGUCAUUCCGUGUAAAUAUUAUAUCUACGUACAUAUUUUUUUCUUUUUUGACAAUUUAACAUUUGGGUUUUUUUUUGUAUAGUCGAAUAUUUUAUUUUUUUAAUUUUUUUGUUGAAUAUUUUUAACGCACAGAAAAAUUUAAGGAAUUUUGAAAUUAUUUUUAUAUCGUAUUGUAAAUUAUAAAAGGUUAGGGUAUAAAGAUAUAGUUAAAUAUAUAGUCAUGACUUAUUGUCUUACUAUAAUACAAAAGUGCUUGUAUCAGUUUUUAGAUAGUUUUAAAGGAAUAUAGAAAAACAUUUUAGAAAACAACACUUAUCUCGACUAUAAAUGUAUAUGUUAAUGAUUGAGAUGGGAGGUUUUAAUACAAGUGAUGUUAUCAUUUCGAUCGAUCAAAUCGAUUGAUAGUAUAAUCACGAAUUUAACAAAAACAAAUUAUAAAACAAAACAUUUUCGAGAACACUGAAUUUAUUAAUAUCAAUAUUAAUCUAUAAUUUUAUCAAAUUUUCAAAUACUUGCUACCGGUAGAAUGAAAGACCUUGAGAUUAAGUCAAUUCUUUAUUAUUAAUACGAGCUCAAUAACGACAAUUUGUAUAUUCUUCAUCCAGCUGUAGGAAUGUGUGUAUAUGCGUAUAAGUGCAGUGUUCGUCCGUGUGUAGGCAUCACAUUGACACUAGAUUUAAAAAAACGAAAAAUGCUGUUUUGUUAUAUCCCACGCUCAUCUGCAUAUGCGUUUAUAAUAUUUAUAACGUCUUCGGUAAAUACCAACAUACGUUAAUGAGGGUUCCAAUUCGACACGACUCAUAUGUCAGUCACCUCGUAUACGGCUAAUACUUUAUAGGUAGGUUCAUCUAUAAUUUGCAUAAGACUUUUUCAAUUUCCGAAUAAUAACAUACUUAGGUAUACUCGCCUGACCUAUCUAUAUGUAUAGUUAUAUAAUAAUAAAUUAACUGCAUAUCUGUUCAGUAACUAUUAUUAGAUAUGUACCUAGGUACAUAUAUAAUAUAUGUAGGUUAAUUGAAAAUGCAAGCUCGUCCGAACUGCACUCACUUAUAUACGAGAUAGUAGGAUAGAAGUUUGCAAUUAGGGAAACAAGAUAGUCAAUUUUUUUUUUUAUAGAAAAAAUUGUACAUGUAAACAUUUACAUGAUUUAUUGAUGCAACAACGACAAUAAAAAUAUAUAAUGUGUUAAUAAAAUGUAGAUAUCGAUAGUAUAUUAUUAAUUAACUAUUAAGUGUAUACGGGAGUUCAAUACCGUUUAUAAAUUAUAGAUAUAUGUGUGUUUUUGUUGUUGUUUUUUUUUUAAUAGAAUACGUUUCUUCAAGGACAUAUAAUAUUAUAUUAUUUUUCGGUUAAAGAAAAACUAUAACGAAUAGCUUCGUUAAUGUUUCUAGAUAUAAUAUUUGGAUGGCCGAAUAUUAAUAAUAAUUUCCAAACGAAAAAUCUUAUGCCAAAAAACAAUAAACUCAAUUAAAUAAACCAAAAAUUAAUUCACUAAUCAAAGCGAAAAAUUAAAAUGUUAUAAAUAUUAAAUUUAUUUAAGUCGCGAAAAUGUGUUUGAUCAACUUGAAAAUAAUUUCCAUAGUAAUUAUAAGUAAAUUAAGUUGAAAAUUAUUAUCUUUAAUAAUCAAAUAAUAUUUGCCGUUAAACCAAAAUACUUAAAAAAGAGCUAAUACUGGGGACGGAUGUGCCAGUAUGCCACUGUUGUAUGUGGAUAGUUGGAUAAGUAGGAUCAAAUUAUUUAACCUAACCAAACCGUUGCUGACAAAAAACAGUUCGAAGUGAACUUUGGUUAAACACGUUUUAAAAUUCUGUCAUUGUUUUGUUAUCCACGUCAAAAUUUUAACAUAACGCUUAUAAAAAAAAUCUACAAAAUCUAAAAUAUUCAACUUUUAUUUUUUUACUUAAUAUUAUAUUUAUAAAUUAUGAUCUAUGGAUUAUAAAAUAUUAUAAUUUUAGUAAAUAUUGAUAGAAGCUUUAUGAAAAUUCGUGCAAAAAAAUAGCAACAACACGAUGGCGAUUCAUUUUUUGUCAAAGAAGUUUUGGAUUUGUUUUGGAGUUCCUAUACGUAUUAUAUUAUCACACAUGGCGGAUGAUCAGGACUUUAAAUGGUUUUCAUUUGAUUACGCUCGUGUAAAAUACACGUGUAGUCACAUAGUACAUGAAUGUAAAUGCCCAACACUCGUGUAUGAUAUGUAGUGGAACAUGACUUACAAUAACACGAUAUUAAAAUACAAUUCAUAGGCUAUAAUAAUAUACUGAGUGAUCCAUUUCAGUAGGUACACUCAUUAUCUCGGAAAGUAUUAACUUUUUUUCGAAAUUUGUUUUUUAGAAUAUUUAAGAAAUAAAGGGCUCUACAAUUUUAUAUUUAUGUUAUUUUUGUCACUCUUAUUUUUGAGGGUAAAAUCUCUAUAUUUUUUGUAUACAUCCAAUAUCUAUAUUAUUUUACAUCACAAAACAUACUAAUAAAGUAUAUUCCACACCGUCAAAAUCAAGAGUGUAAUUUUUCUGUACUAGUGUAGAUAAGACUACACAAUGCACCCGUCAUAUUUUAUAGAAUUCGCUUUAUCUACUGCACUGGCGACGGCUGGUGCUAAUAGGAAAAAAGUUUAAACGAGUGCAGUCGCAUGGAAAACGCUAUUUGUCAAAUAUUUAUGCCGCCAAGAGUGGAAAAACGGGGUGGCCACUGUGGCUGCGGCCCCGUUACAAUGAUAAUAAUAUAUUAUAUUGCAGUGUAUAGUAUAUACCGUGACCGUGGUCGUGGUAUAUCACCCGCGAAGAAGGAUGGCCGGAAAAUUAUAAAUAAUCGCUGGAAAGCGUCGUAAAUACCUAUUUAGUCGUUUCGCGCCGGUCCAGUUAUCGUUUCGGCCCGGACGUGAUCUCGAUGAAGUGUGUGCGGUCCGUCCGAUUUAAAUAAUACGUCGUCUUGCGGAGUCUAAACGCGCAGAACAAAUCGCUUCGCGCCCGAUCAUCGCCGUAGGUGUACUUUGUUCGCAUUUUAUCGAGCUAAUUAUAAAACAACGUCUCCGAUAUGCACUGCGGGGCGUGCAAUCAAUAGAGAUUUUUAAACCCUAUAAUAGUUAGAGUGCAUCUAGAUAAUAAUUAGUACAUACCCGCACGAUAGCCGAAAAAAAACCCCUCAGAAUCCAAUUAUUUCAGCCAAGACAAAAUAUAUUCUAAAAAGAAAAAAGAAAAUAUUCUAGGAUAAUAUGGACGGGUGUAGUCACUGUUAUAGAUAAUUUAAUGUAUACCUGUAAACAACAAUAAACUAUUGCUUACGAAAAAACAAUUCUGAACAGAGUUCAGUGGACAGUGAUGCUUUGUCAGAAAUAUAUAUGUCAUUUUGUAGUAAAAUAAUUAAAUAGGCUUUAUACAUUUUAUUUAAUACAAUUUGUUUAAUGCUGAAAAAAUUUUUCCAGUUUUCCUACGAUUUUACCGAUUUCCCCGUGUUUAUCCCAGUUUUUCACAUUUUCUGAGAAAACUUAUGGGAAAAUUACCUCCCUUAAGUACCUCCCCACGCCGAUUUAACGUCUAUUUUGUUGAUCCAUUGUUAUUAUUAUUGAUUUUAUUGUUAUUUGAUGACAAUAUUCGAUAUAAAAUAAGUGUAAACAAAUUGGCAUCGGUUUGUAAUUGUAUGAUAUAAUAUUACUGGUGUUUUCAAAUCUAAACAAUACAUUUCGCAAUGAAGAUGAUAAGUGUUAGUAACAAAACCAUUACUUGUGCUUGUAGUAAAAAGUAAAUAUAUAUGUAUUUUGGAUUAAUAUAUAUUCAAUACCAUGAUAAUAAUCAAUCACUUUAACACAACACGAGAAAAAACUUUUUCAAGAUAUCUACAAUUGAACACAAUCGAGAAUAGAUUUCUAGAACCACUUGAAGUGUGGUAACAUUACCGUAAAAUGCUGAAGAUAUCGUGGUUUAAGUAAGAGUUACAAAACGAAUUAAACGAAAAAGUUUUAAGAAUAAUAUUGAGGAAAAAUUAUAAAGCAGAAGAGAUUAUAUAAUACAUCAACAGCAUCAUCAUAUGAUGCUUUGAUAGUUUGUUGAAUUGGUUUAUCGAAGAUUACGUAUUGGAAGAAGACCAGAGAUGGAAUAUAUAGUGGAAUUUUUUAAGAGCAUUGGAAUAAAACGAUUGAAUAUUUAAAUGAAAUGUUAUACUCAAACAACAUAUGUAGAAUUAUUUAUAUUCAUAACAAUAUGGCUAAAAGAUUUAAAUGCGGUCGAGUACUUGGUAUUAUCUAAUAAAAAAAUUAAUGAUUUAAUAAAUAUUACAGAGAAUUUAUUUGUUCAAGAGGGUUACACGUAUUCUUUAAAAUAGAUCAGAUAUAGUUGACAUUAUGUGGACACUGCCGCACUGUUGCCACAGUUGUACUCUGAGUAUUCUUAUAAUUUCCAUACAAUAUUCCGAUAAAUAUAAUUUUAUUAUGUAUUAGUUACCUUCUAUCAACACCAACGUAAAUACCAACGAAGACCUCUUUAAACUCACAAAUAAAAUUUUUAAUGUUGUUCGGGAUGGAUCCAUAUCCCAUGUAUUACUUUCAAUCGAAACGUUUCAAUAUGAAUCAAAUAAAAAAUAGAGAUAUACGACGUAUGUAAAUCCCUUGAUGACAUCGGUAUCGUCACUCUUCCAUUCGUCAUUAGAUACCGCUAUAAUUUCUAUAAAAAUUAAAAUCAAUAGAACAAUAUUUUUUUAUAGAUGAUCUUCUGCCUCUUAAAACAAAUAAAAUAUAAUGGUAUUUUCAUAGAUUCUCAAGCGAUCAAGACGCUCGAGAAAUUCCGAAAGGACCACUCGUCGAGAAUUUCGUACACAACAAGCACGAACCACUAACCUCUUUCGUAAAUCCCUCUUGAAUAGCUGGCUUCGACUUUUAGCAGCUAUAAUAAAUUUAGACAUUUAUUUUAAUAGUUUAAUAUUUUUUUUUCUAAUUUAAAUACUAACAUUUUUUUUUUAUCUGUAUACACGUAGUUUCGAAGUGUUAAACAUUUUAAAUUAUAAUAUUGCAAUUGUAUUUUCGUCUUUAUCCAGUAAUUCCAGGAUCACUUGAGGAUAUCUAUAGAUAUAUUCCUUAGCGUUCUAACACCGUGAGCAAGUAAAUAUAAAUAUAAAAGCUUUAUGAACGGUUGUGCAAAAAAUUAGCAACACGAUGGCGAUUUUUUUUUUGUCAAAAAAGUUUUCGCGUUGUUUUCGAGUUCCUAUACGUAUUAUAUUAAAUAAAAUUGUAUUUAUUAUUCAUUGAUCUCGCAAUCAUUCUCGUACGCACCUCUCCGAAUUCUUCCAAACAUCAGAAUGAAAAUAAUUAUCCAACUUUUAAACUGAGUUCCUCCUUUUCUCCUUUAGAAUUCUUUACCUCUCUGCAUUAUUAUCACUCUUAUAUUGUUUUUGUAGUUUUGUAUCUACUAUAACUUCUUGGGUUAUUAAAAAGAUAUUUCUUGUUUGUGUUAAUACAGGUAAUACAUUUUAUAUCCAUUUUUUUAAUGAUAACUCUUUCCCAUUCCUCCGGUCUAAAUUUCAAACUAUAAUUGUGACUCAUAAAUAGCAAAUCUAAUAUACAGUGUCUUACAGUGUUAUUCGUCAGCUAAUAACUCUGUCAAUAUUCAUGUUUUAUUGCAUUUUUUUUUUUCAAUCGAGUUUUAUGAGAGGGAUAUACAUACAUAGAGAAAAUUAAAAUUUUUAUUUUCAUCCCUUAAUCACUGAAAAUAAAAAGUUUUAUUUGUUCACUUUUUAAAAUUUUCAAAAUAGCUAUUUUUUUAAAUACAAUAUUCUAAAAAUUUGAAUGUUCCAUACAUUCAUAUCUGAAUAGUUUCUAAGUUAUAGCGGCUUUAGUGUAUAGAAAUUAGACGUGGAAAUAAUUGAUUUUCAAUAGAAUAACACGUUACACAAUAAGGAAUAACAGUCAGUACGGUAAUUCCUUAUUUUCUAUUGAAUAUUAAUUAUUUUCACAUCUAUUUUAUAUACUUUAAAACCCCACCCACUAAGAAACUAUUAUUCGGAUAUGAAUGUAUAAUACAUUCAAAUAUUAUUAGAAUAAAAUAUUUUACAAAAUGGCUAUUUUGAAAAUCUUAAAAAGUGUUAAAAUGAAGUCAUUUUUUUUCAGUGAUUAAGGGAUGAAAAUAAAAAUGUUAUUUUUUCUACAAUGUGCCUCUCUCACAACUCAAUUGAAAAAAAAAAUAUUUAAAAAAUUAAUAUUGACAGAAUUAUUAGCCGACGGAUGUAACAAUGUAACCUAACACUGUAGAACACUCUAUAUUAGAAGUAAACGUUUCAAAACGUUUAGAUAAAUAUUCCCCUUCCGAAUCUUACUUAAUAAUGUGUGUGUGCUUUUGUUUAACAAUAAAAAUCUGAUACGUGUUUACGCAUUUAUAGUAUGUAAAGAAUAACGGUGAAAUGUUAAAAAUAUUGUGAAUUAGAUCGUUAAACGAAUCUGUAAAACUAAAAAAAUAUAAAUAAAAAUCUAUUUUACCUGACAAAAUCGUCAAAGAUACUCGCUGUACUAUGGUAAAAAAAAAUCAUACCAGUAUAGUACACUAUACGAUUGUUUUUAUGUUUAUGUAAUUUUAUUAUUGAAAUAACCCACGUUUUCGGAUAUUAAUGUAUCGAAUUUAAAUAUUUUAUGUAGAUUAUAGAUACUUAAUUAUACACAAUUGUAAAUCUUCUUCUUUUGUAUUCAAUCUUGAGAUUGGUUUGUAGCAAUUCUCCACUCUUCCCUGUUACUUGCCUUCCUCUUUACUUCUUUGUAAGAAUUGUACACUUAACCUUUUAUUAAAUUAAAUCUAUAUACAAUAAUAAUAAUAUUAUUAUCAUAUAUCCGAAUGAAAUAAUAGUAACUAUAAUUGCGUAAAAUCCGUGUACUCAAUAAUAUGAUUGCGUUUUAACAAUUAUUAAUAUAAGUAGAUAAGUACUAAUGUACUAUAACUUCUCUCGAGUUAUUUUGACGUUUAAAACAAAAUUUAAUAAAAAUAAAUACGUCGUACCUAUCUAUACCUAUAAUAACAUAUUAUUUCCUUAAAAAAAAACUAGGUCAUGGUAUAUUAUAAUAAAAUUUUAAAAUAGGUCCAUAGACAUUCGUCAAGUUAUACAAUAGAUAUCUAACUAUUAUAUUAUUAUGUGCUCAAACUGUAAUAAACCGCUAAACAAGUGAAAUUAUAAAAAAGUACAAUUAUAAAAUCGUACAAUACUAUCGUAUUUAUUUUGGGUGUUUUAUCACUAAAAAAAUCAUUGUGUUUGCGUUCCAUACGAUACGCUUAAACGUGUAAGUCAUCGUGUACCCGUCUAUGAGAAAAAAACGAUACUAUAACAUUAAAGUUUCUAUUUUUGAUUUCGCUUAAUUUACUUUAUUACUUAUACUAUUCAACGCCUAAUCGACCAAAUCAUUACUAUUGUUGAUAACUGUUAUUGUUUUACGGGUAAAUUGCUAUUUUUAUUAAUUCGCGUAUACAGCUGAUAAAAAAUCGUAUCGCGCUACAACGAAAUAAAAUAAGUACUCGUUGGGUGUUAAACCGACGAAAACGGUACGGACACCGAAGAAAAUAACGCUGAAAAACGAUCGCGUACACGUAUAAGGUCAUAAAUAACGUCUCUGGUCCGGGAAUAACGGGAAGGCUUAUAAUAGACAAAAAAAUCUAAGAAAAUUAUCGCGAACGGAAUGGACGUUAACGUAAACGUUACAAUAAAGUGCAUAAUUAGUUUGACUAAAGAUAUAUAUUUAUACAUAAACAUUUAUUAAAUAUUUUCGUUAUAUAGUAGAAUACAAUAUAAUAUAUAUUAUAAAUAUUUAUAAAAGAAUAUUACAUUUUAAAAUUAGGAUAACUUUGGAUAAAUAUUUAAUUUAAAUUCAUAAUUAAAUAUUUUCCAAAUGUUUAUCAUUCGAAAAUGUGUGAAUAUGGUUACAAUUUUAUUUCAAUUCAUCUUCUAAUUUUAUUUAGAUGAAUUUUGAAUAUUUUACUUUUAUACUGUUAUCUAGAUACAUUUUUACUAUCCAUGCCUCAAUACUGUCAAUAAUACUGUUAUCACCGGAUUAUUGCAUUAAAUCUAAUAAUAUUGUAAAAUUUAUCGGCUGUGAUCGUGUUAGACUGCAGAUGUAUAGAACACUGAGCCCGAUGUGCGAUAAAUAUCCAAUUUUAAUCCCUAAAACGUUAAUAAUAUUAUUUCAGAUCGAUAAUAAAUAUAAAUGCGAACGAUGACAGUGACGAAGACGACGAAAAGUGAUUACGAUGAGUGUUAUAUACGAGUAUAUAUAUAAUAUUAUAAUUAUUGCGUCGGAUUUUUGGAUGCUUAACGUUUGCAAGGUGGUUUGUUUGUGUGUGUGUGUGUGUGUGUGUGUGUGUGUGUGCGUGUAAGAUAUGUUUUCAUAUACUUAAAUAAGAUUAAAACAGGCGUCGUUUCGGCGGAGUAAUUAAGAUCGACCCAAAGAAGAGAACUGCUGGCAGAUGGUCACGGCGCAAAACACAGACACACGCGGGGGGACGUGAUAAUCCAAUUUCGCUCGGUCGCUUUUUAGAGCUUUCAAUCGAAUCCGCGCUCAGUUAAUUAACGUUCAGACGACGACCAAUAUUAUCAUCUUUUCUAUAAAUUAGGUCUUAAAUAAAUAAAAUAUAACACCACGCAUAAUAUAAAGUAAUAUGUAAUCGACUAUUAUAGCUACCAUAGAACUAAUAUAUACUUACUAUAAUAAUAAUUAGAUCGAAUACAUAUGAUUUUGAAUAUUUUUAUUAGUUGGUUAAAAAAAAAAAAUUAAAAAUGUCUAAUUAUUAUAUGAUAUGAGACAAAAUAUGUUUCAUGACCUACACAUUUUAUACAAUAUAGGUACACAUUUUUAUUAUGUACAUGUUGACGUUUCCAUAUUUUUAUGUCAUAUUUUGGAAUUUCGUAAAGAGUUUUAAAGCAUUUAAGGUAUAUUUGAACAUUUUUAGAGCUAUUCUGAGGAUUCCGUACAUUUCUUAGACAUUUUAAACUCAACGAAUCGAGAAUCAUAUAAUCGUUUAAGAUUUAUAUAAAUAUCUGCAUUAGUAUAUAAGUAAACUGAUAACAUAAUAGUACUCUCUUUUUGGAGAUAAAAUAUUUUUUAUUGAUGAAUAAUUAUACAAUUUAACAAUUUCAAAUUUGUUUAUUUUUAAAUCGUGUUUACCGGAAUAUUUAGUAUUCUUAGUGCAUACCUGGAAGUUCUCUCGUUGUUCUUUUAUUUUAGCAAUAUUUCUGGUAGAAAAUAUAGUUACAAUCAAAAACAAUAAAAUUUACCGUAAAUUUUACCGUUUUACCUAUAAUUUUAUUUCUGGUUUUUUUCAAAUAUUUUUAUAACUCUUUGGAAAAUCAAUAAAUGACUUCUCUAAUGCACCAAUUAGAUAAAAUUUCAUACAUCGGAGCAAAAUUUAUUUUAGAUAUGUUACAGACAGAAAAAAAAAUACAAAAAAAACACACAUCAUAGUAAAUACAAGUUGUUUUUGUUUUAUAGUUAAUUAGCAUGUAUAUGUUCACUCGCGAAUAAAUAAAUCGAGCUGAAAUUGUAAGUUUUAUUAUUAUUAUUAUUGAUUUAUUUUUUUAUUUUUUUUUUAUUGUGCAAUAAUUGUAUAUUUUGUAUAUUUUUUCUUGACGAUAAUUGCGAAUAUCGUGUUCUCCUUGUGUCUUCUGUUUACAAUAUUACUAUUAUUCAUCGUCAAAGAGACGAAAAGUAAAUUGGUAUUCAACUCUUUUAUUUUUGUAUUUGUUUAAUUUAGCGUAGUUUUCCGAUUUCAUUAAAUUUAAAAGAAAAUCAUUAAUUAAAAAAAAAAACAAAUCAUAUUAAAUUAUAUUGAUGAUUUCGCAUAAAUAAAUAUUCGUGUGUGGAAAUGUUUUACCAACACACGCGCUUAUUAAAAUUAUUAAGUAAACACUUGAGUUCAAUCACGCGGUUGCUGUUCGAUAAUAAUUCAAUAAUUUAUUCGUGAAUUUAUAUAUAAUAUAUACUUUAUACAAUUAGGUAGGUAGUAUUAUUAUAAUUUACUUCAAUGAUUAUUAUCGUUGGUUAAUUGGUAAUUCCAGAGAAAAACACAAAAUUCCAUAAUUUAUUCAAAUACAAUAUCAUUAUAUGCGAUUUUCAAAACGGUGAAUUUGUAUGUAUUUAUAAAAAUUCUUUAUGAAAAAUUAAUAACGCAAUCGUUAAGAUAGUAUAUUAUUAUAUAUGAUAUAGGUAUAAUCGAAAUUAUAAUAAUAUUUUAAAAACCAUUAAAGUAAAUAUGUAUACUUUAAAUACCUGUUUCCUUAUGUAUUUAAGUUAUUGGAAGGCAGGAAACUAGGAAAUUCAAUUUUUUCGUAAUUUUGUAUUAUAUAAAAUAAUAUUAUACGAAGAUUAUAAUAUAGGUACCUACUAUAUUAUAUUAUUAUUACUGUAUAUACCUAGUAAUUUGUCAUUAAUAAAUUUCAAAAUAAUAUCGAAAAAACUCCCGGGUAAGUCGCAAGUACUUGACUUUAAUUGAUGGCAGUAUAACACUUUGGGGAUGCUUCAUAAUAUUAUACAUAGACAAUGAUAAUAAUAAUAAUAAUAACCUUUAGCUAAAUUUACGGUCUUAUUAUAAUAAUAUUAUGCUUACGCAACUCCUUUGAGAAUUGUUCACCGUAGAAUCUAACCAAGAAUAAUGAUUGAUACCGUGUUUUACAGGUUCAGCGCUUAUGCAAAUCGUCGAGGUCUACAAAGAAAUUCAAUCGCAACAAUUAAAUAUUGUAAGUAUACAAAUAUAUCCUUUUUUUUUUUUUUUUUCAUAUAAUUUUUAACGUUAUUAUACAUAUGGUGAAGAAGCUAUUGGUUUUACUAAGACGUAGUGUAUAAUUUCCUCUCUAAAAACAACACUUUUUUGGCUAGUAAAAAUGCUUCAAUUGUUCGCAUCGUAGCUUCUACGUGCCAACAUUUUUUCUAAAAAAUUAAAACAGCUAACAACAAAAUGACAAUAAAUUGGUUUUAUUUUUUUGGUGAUUUUUACACAAGUUAUCUCGCAGGUUACAAAGAGAAAAACACAUGACUAAUCCUUUGUAACUUUACCAGUUUAACGAGCUCAACUCAGAAAAAUUUUGAAAAGCAAUGAUUUGACGUAGUUUCCAGUACAUCAUUAUAAGUAUAAAUUAAAUUAGCCUUUAUUCUGUAUACCUUCACAUUUAAAAUAUCCAUAAACAAUCAACCUAACCUAACCGUAUUAAUGGUGUGAAAUACUUCUCGUAUUUUUGUUAUUAUUUUAAAAUUAAACACACAUUUAUCAAGUAUUCUACGCAUAACAAUAUUUACUGGUAUAGUAAGAUAAUUUCCAUAUCAGUUAACUUUAACAGAAUAUUGUAAAAAUAAAAAUAAACACACUAUAUAUUGAAGAGUCGAAUAACAUAUUUUUGCGCUGUGUAUGAAAAAAAUGUUAAUAGUUAUUAAAUAUACUAUAGAUGUACCUAUACUCGCAUAAAAACAAGAAAUAUGGUAAAAGAUUAUAUAUAUAUACCUACCAACUGCAAUAAGUUGUCGAAGAGAAAAUUAGUCUUAUAGCAGCAGCAACGAGGCGCGCUGUUAAAAUAACUUUAAUUAUGAAUAAUUGAUUAUUUUCUGUCCGUCCCUUAUUAAUUAGUAUAUUUUCUUCGUGAGAAUCUGAGUCGGAAAAUUCACCUUGCAGGGUUCUCUGCAGCAGUAUAACAAAGUUAAAUAUAGGCUAUAAAGUGCAGGAAUUUGAAUUUCAAAAAAAAAAAAAAAAACUAAUUCCAUUAUGAGUUUACAAAAUAAUAUUACGUCUGAAAUAUAUGCUUUUUUUAUAAAGUAUCUCGAGAAAAACUCUCAUUAUUAUUAUUUUCGAAUUUUCUUAUAAUAUUUCGUUAAAACUAUUCGUAUAAUAUAAUCUACGCAGUACAAGUAAAGUAUUUGGUUACAUUUAUAUAUCGAUAUUUAUUGUAUAUUUAUCCAAAUAUAAUUAUAUUCCGCGUGAAUUCUAAAUAUUUUAAAUAAUUUGCGAGUUUAUGUAGAACAUUUUCUACGGGAAGAAGUUGAAAAGUAUUAUUUAGUAUUUAUUAUUUUUAGAUUCAAAGUGUAAAGAAUAUGCCUAUUAGUUUUAAUAAUAUCCUUUUCGGUAAGAAAAGAUGCCCCGAUUUUAAGAUAAAGUACCUAAUUUAAAAAUAUAAAUUUUUCGACUAUAGAAAUUUAUUUAUAACAUUUUCUAAACUCCUAGCUUUUUGAAAAAUAAAAAAACGUGACUGAUUGACGAUAUUUUGUUCUUUUUUUGUUUAUCUCUACCUUUCCUAAAAGGGAAAAAUCGUAAAUGGUUUUUAAUUUCAAUGUUUUAUCGUUAAUCCCGAAUAUUAAAUUAAUUGCCGUAAUAUGUUAUAACUUUCAUAACUUCCAAUUUAAAAAAAAUAUCUGCCAUGAUAUGAAAUAUGUUUGACUUUCUUUCUUUCAGAUUCGGAGCGAUAUUUUGAGCGUAGCGAGGGAUAUAUUGUAUUUUACUAUAAUGUGUCCUUUUAUUUUUAUUUUUUUUGUGUGUCUGUGGACAACUUUUCUUGAAAUCUUUCUCCGAUGUUUAAAGUGUAACGCAUUUCAAAAAAUUCCAUAAUGGUUAGAAAAUAAAAAAAUCAAAUUCACUUAAAAUCCUCUGAGAUAAUUACUGGUUCAUGAUAAAAAAAAUCAUCCUGUAUAAAUGGCAGACGGUUUUUUACAACAAUUCUAACGUUGAACAUCAUUCUUUAAUGUUUUAUGGUAACAAAAUUCUAUACAUACAAAAUAAAGUUUUAUUUUUUCAUUUACAGUCACCAAUGUCAUUGUACUAAUAAGAAUUUAAAAUUAUGCCAACGUUUACGAGAACAUUAUACGAGUUAUCUAGUAUAACGUUAAAUACGAACAAACUACGACUAAACAAACAGACGAUACACAUACUAAAAGUAUAAUCUGUAAAAAAUAAUAAUUUUUAUACAACUGGGAUAUAACUGUAAUUAUAAUAUAUUUAUAAAAAUAUAAUUUGCAGGUAGAACGGACGAAUUUUGUGUAGUCAGAAAACCCUGGGACGCAAUUCAAAUAGUCUCUUAUCAGAUUUUUUAUUUUGGGAUACAAUUCGUAUGCAACAGUUUAUAUAUGCAAUCCAAAUUAACCGUUUGAACAUUUUGAUUUUCGUUUCCACUUUUAUAAAUCAUCCUACGUGGGGAUGAUUAUAUCGUACCUAUAUGCAUAGUUACGGGGCGAGGGUUUUCGAUAUUUUAUCCCCUACUAUAAUUUUAUUCCGACCAUGAUCAUAAGCCACCUGCACCCUCUCUUUUAAGUUCACUGCAAUGGUCGUUAACAUAAUAAUGUCUCAAUAAUUAGCUCUCUAUCUCUCUAUCUGCGUAAAUUAUUUUUUUAAUGUAUUAAUAUAAUUUAUAUAAUUGUACUUUUUAUUGAAAUCGAUGGACAGUUCAAUUUUAUUUAGUUUACUCAGUUCAUUGCGAAUAUCCGAUUAUAUAAUUAUUAUAGCUACAAUAGUUAUUAACACAAUAAAAUAGUGGCGGAGAAAAUACUGUUUUCUGAGAUCUGUGCCUUAAUCAGUUUACGUAUUCGGUUCUAAUGAGACAUAGAACUAAACAGACUUUAUUUACCAGAUUUUCUAAAUUAUUAAUAAAACUAUCGGGAAAAUAGAAAAAAUGACCUCAUUGAAGCUCUAACUAGACAAAAUUUCGUUUUAGGAAAGAUGCUACAUUUGAUCAUUGAAAAAGAAUUCUGGCUCAAAAGUAAUUUACAAACAAAAAAAUAACACGCAUUGUACAGUAAAACCAUAUACAUGCAGCACUUAGAAUCUAAAAACAUUCUAUACUUGCCUCCGAGAGAAACUGAAUUUAUUAUGUUUUACUUUACGUAAAAAAAUUAUAAUAAACAUCAUUAUAAAACCAAUAAAAAAAAUACCAUAAAUUUACUAAAGCUCUGAGACCAAAUGUAUAACGAAGCUAACUAUUCAUAUUGUAAUUAUAUAUUAUUAUGUUGGGCUAUUUAAAAUAUGCACCAUGACUGGAGUUAUUAAUAUUUACGCAUCAGUUUUUCGUUCUAUAGUUAUUCCUUGUAAACAUAAACGACUUCAAAAACAUAUAGUAAGACAAUAUUAAUUAUUUAUUAGGAUACAUAAUUUUAUAUAUAUUAUGUAUCGUCAAACUUUUCUAAUUAGCCGUUUUCUUGCGUCUUAUAAUAUUUGAAACAUACUACAUUACUUAGUUAUUCGUACCACUAAAAUUUUAUAAUUUGAUACGUUUGAUAAUCCUAUUAUACUUAUUAUAUCAUAAUAUAUUAGUCGGGAAAAAUAAUAAUAUGUACACGUAAAUAAUUUAUUGUAUAUUAUGAUCUUACGAAGAUACGAUAAUACCGAUAAUUAGAGGGUUGCGUAUGCAGCUAAUUAUAACGUAACUGAAGAAAAAUGUAUCAUUGUUAACUACUCGAUAAGGUUAAAAUUUUAUAUUCAUAUAUAUUUGCAAACAAGUUUUUAAUUCAUAGUACUCCAGUACUCCAUAGUACUAAAUUGUAUACUAACAUUACAAAGUUUAAGUAUAAAAUUUGAUGUUAUAUAUUUUGUUUGCGUUUUCUUAAAAUUCUCAAAAAUAAAUGCAUUUUUUUAGUGUCAUUUUCAAAAUUUAAUAGUGCUAUUGAUCUUUAUUUCAAUGUGUGUAUUAUAGGUUUUUAUUGCAUAAUUUUCCUAGCCCUGGUUAUAAUAUACAAGGUGAUUCACUCAACUGGAAACAAUUAUUAUCUCGGGAAGUAUUAACUUUAUUCGAAAUUUUUUUUUUUUUUGAAAACUUAAGAAAUAAAUAGUUUUAAAAUAUUACGUUAUCAUUUUUUUUGUGCCCAUUAUUUUUGGGAGUGAAACGACCACCUACUUUUGAUUUUCAAAUGGCGACCUAUUUUUAAAAUACCUUAAAUAGAUAGAGUAUUAUUUAAAAUAAAUUUUGGUGUUGAAAUUUUCGAUUUCCGUUUACCCGUUGACAAUAUAUUCCACUUUUAAGUUCCGGGCGGGAGGAUAGUAGUGGUAUAUUCCGCUCGAAUUUCGUUACACCGAAAGUUUUAAGUAUUACACCACGAGUUUAAAGUAAAAACCAGUUUAAAAGUACUCAAGGUAUAAAGGUGAUAACUGAUAAUUUCUACUACAUACAAAGUACGAUGACGUCAUCUGAUUGGGCUGACUCGCGAUGGAUACAACCUCGAUUUAAGAUACUAUCUUAAGAUUAGUAGAUUUUGAUUUUAUGCAUUACCUACUAACACGCCGAAACCAUAUUUUAUCAAACCGUCAAGACUGCGGUUGCAACAGUGGCGUGGCGUGAUAAAAAAAUAUAAACUUUCUUAUACCUACAUUUAUUUUUACUACCUCUAGAGAGCCGUUCACGAUUUAUUUAAUACAAAUACUAUAAAAAAAUGAUUUAAAUAAUUCACCAUAGCUCCUAAAUAAACAACAGUAAUAAUAUUUUGAACUGUUUGAAGCCAAUGAGUGAAGAUGAUUGAUAAGUUUUAAUAUGACAGUGUCAUAUGUAGUCAUACCAACGCUGAUAGUAUAGUAAAUAGCAUCAUGAUAUGGAUAUCACGAUGAUUGGUUGUGUAACAUAUUUAAAAGUUGCUUAAAUGACAUCUCCUUAUAUGUACUAUUCAAAAAUUCCAAAAUAAUAUAUAAUUUUACAUUAUUAGAACUUGAUCAUAGCUUAAAGUGUUCAUUUAAAAAUAUACCUAUAAUAUUUUAUAACUGAAAGUGUAAGGAAUGAUUACACUGUAAAUAUGCACGCCUCGCCACUGGGUUGCAUAUGGGCUAGUUCACAUGAAGAGCGUUAAUCGCGCGUUGACAUUGAAACGACUGUUCACAUGGUUACCGAUUUUACUCGUUUUUUACGCAUUUUAAGCACUCGUUUUUACUGUAGUCCGUCAUUUGUUGACUGUUGAACGUCAAACAUGAACGUUGCGGAUGCAAUUUGUAUAUGGAUGCUAUAUCGUAGAAGACAGCGUCAUAGACAAAAAGAAAGAAAAUAUUGGGUUCAUACUAUUUUACAAAAUAGACUUACUUCAAGCCUUUACUUCACUUUUGAUAAAAUAACAAACUUGUAAUUUCUUAAACUUACAACUUUUUCGAAAAAAUAAUUGCACACAAAUAGAACUUAUCGCUACGAAAUGUGCGUUGCAACUAAACACUUCAAUGCUUAUUUGUAUAUAUUUCAAACAUGUUCUAACGCGCGUAGACAGGGUAAUCGCGUUACAGCGGCGUUAAAUGCGCGUUAUCAUCUGUACAGUUACUAAGAAUUAUAUAGGAAUUGUAAACGCGCGUUUAACGCCUUUCGUGUGAACUAGAUCUAUGGUUGUAACCACGAUUAUAGAACUAUAUCUGAAAUUGUAACGGUUACUUUAAUAUUGUAUUCUCUUUAUGGCACAAUAAAUGUAUUGUACCUUUCUGUGAUCUAUGGUCUGGUCUAAUAUUGUGACCAUAGUGGUAUAGUUAAUUAUUAGCCAUUAUUGUUCUUUUUGUUUAUAUUAUAUUUUACACAGUUAUUUUAUGAUAUAGAUUUAACAUAUGUCUUAAAUUCCUAGUAUUUUUACUAGGUACCUAUACAGAAACCAAUUUCAAAAUUAAAUUAUAUUUAUAUAUUAUAUUUUUCGAUUAUUUGAGUAAAAAUGACCAUGCUAUAUUUCUAGAUAGUUUCAAUAUUGUAUACACAUUAAUCAUUUAUUAAAAAAAAAAAAAAAAUACAUCUAAAUUUUACUCAGUUAUACAAUCAUAAAUUUAUAAUUUGAUAGUAUAUUAAUGACAUUUCAAUUGUUUCAUAAACACAUUAUCGCAAAGUCAAAAUAUUUGUAUGCACAUACUGCCAUAUAAUACAUUUGUUUUUAUGCAUAUGUAAAUAUGAUCAUAUUUUUCAACAAUUUUACAUAAAAACCGGGCCUCGGGGUUAUAGAAAGGUAAUUUAUUACCCUUCCCUACACUCCUUCGAUCUAAACUUUAAACUUUUAUAACUCAUGAAUCUGAUGUUAGUGUUAUAUAUAUAUAUCAACAUUUCUAGAAAAAUAUUCUCUGUUCAAAUCUGUAUUCAAAAGGUGAGGUUCCUAUUUGAAAAUAAAAAGUAUGCACUUAUUUAAGGUGUAUGGAGUAGGGAUAAACAAAUUUAAAAUAGUUUUAAAACAAAGCUUAAUCUAAGCUAAAUAAUGGUUAAAAAAAAACAGAAAUCAAAUUCACUUGAAAUCCUCUAAGAUAAUUACUGCUUCAUGAUAAAAAAAUCAUUCUGUUCACUGUCUUUAUAUUAGUUUUCAUAAUUAUAUCAAUUAGGUACCUAAUUAAAUAUCAUACACUCCAAAAAAUUUAAAGUAAAAGUUUCUUUGUAAUAUUCAAUCGAUAAUCAUCAUAGUCUACAUAUCAACAACUUGGAUAGUUACAAUCAAGCCAGUAUAAUAUUUGGUGACACAGUCGUAAAAGAUAAUUGGCAGUGAAUUAGAAAUGUAUGAACUAAAUUUUAAAUUAAGAAAAAAAAAGUGAUUGCAACAAAAAAUGUACCUAUUGUCAUAUAUCAACAUAAUAGCAAAAAAAAAAAAAAAAUAUACAUACAAUUUUCAGGUAGUGCUCAGGCAUGCCCUAUACGCACGCCUAUGGUUUUUAUUUUAAUAUUACUAUGAGCACUUAAAAAUUUACUAUAAUUUUAGUUCAGGACUAUGAACCACCUAUUUCAAAUUUAAUGAUAUAGUUUAAUCAAAAUUGUCGUUUUGCAGUUAUGCAAAAUAACGGUGUUCAAAAAAUUGAAUUAACACUUCAAUAAAACCACACUUUAAACAACAGUAAAAUUUAAAAAAGUGCAAUCAAUAUUACAUUGUUACUACUUUAGUAAUACAGUAGAGACUUGAUUAACUAUCAUUUUCAGCUAUCUGUCAUCGGUCACCAUUUUAUUUCUUCGUGAAAUACGAAACAUUGCUACUCAAAAACCCUAUGCCUCAUAAAAACAGAAGAUGAUGAAUUAUUUUGAUUAGUAUUUUUUAAUAUGGUAUUAUUUUUGUUAUUAUGCAUUAUUAUUUUUUUUGUCUAUAAAUACACGUAAAAAAUAAACAUUUAUUUUAAAAUUUCUGUUAACCGUUUAUUCGAUUAACCGUCAUAGUCUCGGUCUCGUGACUCGUCAGUUAGUUGAUUGAGUUUUUACUGCAAUUAUUAUUUAAUAAUAAAUACGUUACAACAUCAAUAAUUUAUUGAAAGACUCAGUAUUACGCAUUAUAGGUAUUAUGUAAUACAAUAGGUAGGUAUAAUUUUAAGUAAAACUAUGUAGCAAAUAGUAUAUAGUUUACAUAAGUACUGUUAAUUUAAAAUAAUAUUAGUUAAACAUUAAUAUGGUAAUAUUAAUAACUACAUAGUUAUAUGUUUAUUUAUUAAAUUAAUUGAUAUCAAACUUUUUAAGUUCAAAUGAUUAAUGUUGUAACCUUAUUCAACUUAACUAGACAAAACAUUUUAAAAUAAAACAUAUACAUAGGUAUGUAAUUUUGAUAGUAGUUUUUCUCUUUGUAGUUGGUUGAACUUGAUUUUUGCCAAAGUUUCUUUGAAAUUAAUUUGACUAUCUAAAGUUGACAGUAAAAAUAUUUAGGUGUAAUACAGUUAAAUACUAAAUAUUAUAGUUAAAUAGAAUUAAAAAUAAUUAUACACAACUAAUUAAUUGUUUCGUAUAGUAAAAUAUUAAAAUACAAUACUUUUAUUUUGACUUUUUCCAAAUUGUAAAUUGUACUUCAAAAUAAUACUUCAAUUAAUCAACCUAGCGUCCUAGCUAUUAUAAUAUUGAAAUUUGACUGCACCGUUUCAUCCUUAUUUUAUGGUUUUUCUUGAAGAUAUCAAACAAAGUUCAAAUCAUCUAGCUAAAGAUAUUUUUAUUUAAUUUAGAUUAUUUUAGACCAGCAAUAUGCUGAAUUUUAAUAUGAAAAAAAUAUGGCUGGUACAGUUCUACGGUGUUACUCGAUUUUAAAUCAAGCUUGGUAGUUAUCAAAAUAUGAAUAAUAUUGAUAGGUAUAACAAGUCAGUAAUGCAAUAUUCGGUAUCCCAUAUACAUUAAAACAAAACGUAUUGAUUCACCUGAAAUCAAAAAAAAAAAUAAAAUUUGUAUAGGUACAUAAUAAUAAUGUGUUUUAAUAUAUUUUGUACAGCUACCUAGCUAAAACUUAUCAAUUAAUUGUACAUUGUCUUCAGCAAAUAUCCAACUCACAUGUGCAAUACUAAUUGAGAUUACUUAUAUGUUUAAUAAAUUAUUAAAUAAAAUACAAUAUCAUAAAAAAAAACCAUUUGUGGCAUAAUUAUUAUAUUAUAAUUUUAAUUAUUAUAGCAAUUGUAACAAAAUAGACACUGUAUUACUGAAAAAAAAAAAUGUUUUCAAUGGGUGAUCUUGUAGGUAAUGUAUUAUCACAAGUCUCACCUGGCAUUUGGCUUUACCAAAUCGAUAACAUAGAUUAUAAAUAUUUCUUAACUAUCGCGAAUCAGCCAUUUCGUCUAUAUGAAGUAGAGAUUAUCAGUUAUACUCGUUAUACCUUGGAAGCUUUUACACUGUAUCAUUUAAAACGGUGUAAUACAUAAAACUUUCGGUGUAAUGAAAUUCGAGCGGAAUAUACCACUACUAUCCUCCCGCCCGUAACUUAAAAGUGGAAUAUAUUGUCAACGGGUAAACGGAAAUCGAAAAUUUCAACACCAAAAUUUAUUUUAAAUAAUACUCUAUCUAUUUAAGGUAUUUUAAAAAUAGGUCGCCAUUUGCAAAUCAAAAGUAGGUGGUCGUUUCACCCCCAAAGAUAAGGAGUACAAAAAAUAUGAUAACGUAAUAUUUUAGAACUAUUUGUUUCUUAAGUUUUCAAAAAAAAAAAAUUGGAAAAAAGUUAAUACUUUCCAAGAUAAUGAAUGUUUCCAGUUAAGUGAAUCACUUUGUAAAAUACACUCGUAGAAAACUUGUAGAAACACUCGUAAUUGUAAUUUCUUUUAUAUUUACUGAUGUGGCUGUCGUAACGAUGACGAGUAUAUCGCUAGCUGUUAUUAGAAUAAUUUGUUUUUUUUCUUUCCAUUUUUUCGUGAACAUACCACAAACACGUAUUGAAUAUUCUAGUAUAUUAUCGCGUACGAUACUAAACUUCUCCCCGUAUAUACAUUGAAAAAACUUUCAUUGAGUGAAACGAAAAAAAAAAGUUUUCCGAUAUAAUCUAUACAUAUGAUUAUAUGCUUGUGUAUACUAUCAUUGUUAUUAUACUAUAGCUGGAACGUACACGAGUAUGUUUGGUUUUUCUUUGGUUGCAGCCGGAGACUUCGGUGUCGCCAUUACGUCGUCGAUAGCGGCGAAAAAGACAAAAAAAAAAAAAACACCCAAUCGUUGAAAGUUUUUCGAAUCGCCACCGUCGCUCACCAUCCAAUACGAUACACGUUUUCCAUUAUUAUUUUUUUUUUCAAUAAUGCACUUACGUAUACGUAUGUAUAGAAAAACCAACGACGCGAGGGGCAAAAACAAUCUGGUAACAGUUUGAACCUCUUAUCCGGUCGGAUUGCUCUAAACUUUUCCGUUUUCUACACCCUCACUAGUCUCGGACACGAGGUUCGUAUAUUAUAGAUUUCAAUUUAAUAAUAAUAUGAUCCAUCCGGCUAUCCCAAUAACGGGUCCGGAGAGGGUGGGGUCAAUGGGAGCAUUUGCCCCACCUCUAAAAACACAAUAAUAUUAUAAUUGUAUUCGUUACUAUACAAGUAUUUAGUACAAAAAAUCAUUUAAAAAUCCUACCCGAUAAAAAUAUGCCUGAUUUUGCAUUAUAGAUUCAGCUGGUUAAGUGAGACUAGAUGAUAAUCGAAAAUGUAUAUUUUUUUCACAGCGUGGAAAUUAUUUUAAGGGGGGCGGGGUUCGAUAUAUAAACUGAUGCUUAAUAUCAACCAUUAUAGAUAGUAUAUAUAUAUAUAUAUAUAUUUUUUUUUUUCGAAACCGAUAAUAUCGUACAAUAAAAUUUUAUUGACAUGGCUAAGAGGCGUAUUAACAAAUUUUAUAUUGGAAGGAAUAUGAAAAUAGUAUAACGAAAGGCAUAUUGACUCAAUGCCGUAACCAAUAGGGGACAGUGGGAGCACAUGCUCCCCUCCACCGAAAUAUUUUUUUUCCAAUAUGUUGUACUGCAGUUUACAUAAAUUCGUUAUAUUAGUCAAAUUUAUUAUAAGUAGAGGUAGUACCAUUACAAGUAUUAUAAAAUAUAAUGUUUUAUAUUGUUAUAUUAUUAUGCAUAACAUAUGAAUCACUAAUUAUUGCAGAAAAAGGACAUAUCAGAAAUUGAAUUUUUACCGGACUUGUAUUUAUCUACCAUAAAUACAUAUUUUAUGUAUAAAUGAGACUAAUCCAUCAAACCGUUAUGGAAAUAUUAACAGCUAAAAUUAGCGUUUAGUGCAGAAAAGGGACUUUUCUCCUUUUGAGUUUUGUGUUGUAAAAAAUAUAUUCAAUCUUUUUGAUUUUAAAAUAUUAAUAAAUGUUUUUUUUAAAAAAAAAGACCAUCUAAUGUAUCAACUAGAUACAAUUUCCUUUCAGAAAAGAUGUUAAAUUUGUUAUAUCGGAGCAAGACUUCUCAUAGAAAAGUUGAUACACAAAAAAAUAUACAAAAACACUCAUUAUAGUAAAAUCAGUAGAUCUCUCACUACGCUCAAAAUAUAUCUACAAGUUUUAUUUGAUAAGUAAUACAUUUAAAAAAAAAACUGAUACUGCUAUUAUUUUAGAAGAAAUGUUUUAAGGGAUAAUAUAUAGUGAAAUUUAAUUUUAAUUUUAAUUUAAUUUAACAUCUGUACACAACGAUAAAUCUUUACUAAAAAAAAAAUUCAGUUACGCAUGUAUAUUUAAAUACCAUAAUUAUUGUUAUUACUAUUUUCAUCAAAAUUUUAACUUAUUUUAAAUUAUUAUUUUAACUCUUAAUGUUACAUUAAGUCCAACUUACUUUUUGUCUAUCAAGUACAACCUAUAAUGAAGCUCGUAUAAAAUGCUCAAGCGUUUUUGUUCGGCAAAAUCAAUUUUAACUAUAUGAAACCAAACAAAGACCAAACUAGCAAAUACUUAUUUAUAACUCAACAAUUUGAUCAUGUCUUGAAAAGACAAAUAUAAGUAUUUUGUGAAAAUUUUAGAUAUUUACGAUUAUUUUUGACCGAAUUGCAAAAAAAUAUAAAAUAAAAUCUAAUGAAACCUUAAACCUUCCAGUUUUUUUUCAAUUAUUCCUAGUUUUUUCCAAUAAUUAAGAAAAUUACAAGGAAAAUCAAAAAACGCUUUUUCUUAAUGCACUAAUUUUAACGAAAUUUCUACAAGAAAUAUCCUUUAAAGUUUUUGAUUUGAGAUUGAGGACAGUAUUUACAGACACAAAAGAAAUACCCAUAUAUUGUGCUUCGCUCAGAAUCUAAAUUAUGUAGGUAUAUUUUUUUUUUCAAAACAAAUAGUAUUCAAAUUUAAAAAAAAAACAAAAAUACACAUUUUUUUAGGAACAUUAAUUAUUUGUCAAACCGAUAUUCGACGUAUGAUGAUGGAAAUAAAAAAAAAACACACUCUUGUUUGUUUGUCAACUUAUUUCAUCAAUCUCGGAGAUCAAUAUUUGUUGGACCGUUUCUGUACAUACAUACGUAUGUUAUUGUGUUUGGGAUUCGACGCAUCAAUAAAUAAACAGCUGCGUUGUUUGUGCAUUUGUAAUACGAGUUUAGGGUUUCGUAUUGUAUUAUACACGAUUCUAUAAUAAUAUUAAAUAAUGGACGUAAAUCGAAAACAGAAUUUAAAAAAAUAAUAAUAAUUUCGAAAAAUACAAAUAGCGAACAAAUAUGCUUUUUUUUUUGAAAACUUGAUUUACGUGAUUAUAAUAUAAUAUAUGAUGAUUUCCGUUGUGAAAAAUGGCUGACAAGGAGACAACUACACCCCACCAUGCCAAAACAAAUAUAUAAAUAGUGAUAUUGAAAAAAAAAAAAACGAAACAAUACGUUUUCAUUAUAAACAUGACGCUAAAGUAAUACAUACUAUUACAAAAUUAUAAUAUAACUAACGUACCUAAAAAUAUGUUAAAUCGCCGCGUUAUAAGGUUAGGUAGUUUGGUGCGAUAAAUAUUUUGGAAAUAUUGUUUGUAAAACAAUAAUGCAACAACUAAGUUCAAAAUGUUACACGCAAGCUCUCAUGUCGUUUUUUUGAUUGGAGCAAGAUUUAUGGUAAAAAAAUUGUUCACAGACUGAAAAAUAAAUUUAAAAAAUCGCAUGUCAUAGUGAAACCAAUACAUAUUUUCAUGAAACCAAUCUUCGCCAAGCUCAGAAUUUAAAAUUACACGAUACAGUGACGUUUUAGUAAUAGUGUUUGAUUUUUAUUUUAAUAUUUAUAUACGGGAUAAUUUUAUACCUCGUGUGAUAUAAUAUUUAUUUUCGUUAUAUGUUUUUAGCUGAAAGCUUUCUAUGUUGAUUUACUGGUACCGCUGGAAACGAAUCUCGAAAAAGACACGAAAGUAGUUCAGGUAAAUAUUAUUUUUUAUUAAUAUAAUAUAUAUGAGUGUAUAUAAUAUGUAACAGUUCAAUAUACCCAUUUACAUAAUACGAUACGAUCGGCUUUUAAAUCUUACAUAUACUGUAAUAGUUGGUGUUGCAAUAAAUGUCGCGAUAUGACUGUCUCUGUGUGACUUAUAAGUAUAAGUCACACAGAGACAGUCAUACAGUAUUCAUAUGAUUAUAAUACACAAGAUCAGAUAUUUUAGAGUGAUAGUAUAGAAGAAAUGGCAUAUCGAUUUAAUCGUUGAGCUAAUAUCGAUAGAAUCGUCUAUGAAAGUGCAUCAGGGCAGUAAAAUAGAAAAAUGGUAUUCACACGUUGAUUUAGGGCAAUUUAAACCUAAAAAAAAAAUGUAGUAAAUAAGACAACUGUGCUAUUCAUAGAAACCAUUAUUGGAAAAACUCUAUUAUCAAACUAUUGAUAAAAUGAUAAGUAAAAUAAUAAUAGAAUGCUUUACUGAAAAAAAUAGUUCUGUCCAUUUACUGUAAUAUUACAAAUGGCUUCCAUACAUGUUACAUUUUAGAUAAAAAAAAGUAGCCUUCAUUUACAUCACUAACACAUAAAAGGUUAAACGGCGUUUUAUUGAAAUUAUAUCCUUGGGAAGGGAAGGGUCCAGGCCUCCUUUAAUGUUAAACUAAUUUUAAGUGGAACGUAAUAUUUUCGUAUUAUCGUAAUCAAUCGUUAACUUAAUAACAUUUAUCAAAUUAAAGUAUAGAUUACAUACAGAAUACUUAAAUAUCAAAGAUAAUAUGGAAUAUGGAAUUUUCAUAACUUACUGCACCGAUGAUAAGCUAUACAGUAGAAAAAAGUGUGCACGAGUUACGUAUGGGUAUGAAAUCCGAAUAUCCGGAUUUUCAAAUUUGGAUUAUUCGAAUUAUCUGAAUUAUCCAAAUUUGGUUUUUUUAUCUGACCAGAUCAUUCGAUUUUCUCAACCAAUGCUAUAUGACCAUAUCAUACAACUUAAAGUGAUAUCUAAAAAGUAACGGCACAAAUAUCAACUAUAUGAUUGCUUGUUACAAAACGAAUUCAUUGCGUAUAUACGUAAUAUACUAAUAUAAGCUAUAUUUAAUAUCUAUACUAUAUUGCAAUAUAGCGAUUAGGGUUAAAUAUAACGAUAACUAAAAAAAUGAGUCGGAUAAUCUGGAUUCUUGAAUCCAGAUAUUCCCAUCACUAAUAUGAGUGCAGUCACCACAUAACAGAGCUAAUAUUUACUAUUAUUUUCACAGAAUCACACAUAGUAGUGUGGUAGUUGUAUGCUUUUACAAAAGUUUACGUAGAUCACAUGGUGAUAAUUUACGGUAUUUACUAUCACACAGUUGGGAAUUUCACAACUAUUACAUUAAUAACUUAUCAUCGUAUGAACUACGGGCUUUACUGAAAUUUUUGAUUAAGUUUUUUUUUUUUUGCUCGAUAAACCGUAUUUAGUAUAAUUAGUAUUCGUUUAAUUUUCGGUUCCCAUUUUUGCAUUCGAAUUGCAAUAAUUCAUACACACCAUUAAGAGUAAACGAGAAAAAACGCGUCAUAUAUGCACUAUAUCUGAUAUUUUAGUUAUCAGAAUAUAUAAUAAUGUUGCGUAGUGCACCUUUUAUUAUUACAUAUUAUAUAUUGUGCAGAGAGCCAAAUAUAAAAACGAUCCAAUAAAUAAUCCUACCCUUCGGUCAGCACUGGUUCGGACCGCUGAUUAACCCCUCGUGCGGUAGAUACCUAUCGUUUAUGCCGUUUCCAUCUGAUAAUAAAAAAAAAAAAUAUUCAAAUGACAAAAACUUGAUAUUAUUUUCUAAAUUAUAAUAUUAUUUUCGUUUUUUUUAGUCCGAACAAAAACGAUUUUUGCAACAGCACAAACAGCGUUCCGAGAGUUACAGCAAGGCUACGUCAGCUAUGAAAAAAUGCCGUAAAAAGCACAAGGUUGGACCCAAAGCAGGAUUAGCGAUGGACAAAGAAAUGAAGGUAUAUAUUAUUAUAUUAUUUAUCUGAAUCUUCGUCAAUUUGCGAUAAUAACAUAUUAUGUAAAUCAUUUUUUAAUACACUUAAAAAUCGAAGCAAGAUUUUUGGUAAACAUUUAAGAACCGAUUCAAUGUGUGAUCUAUUGAAAAAUGCGCAGCCAACGUGUGAUCUAUCGGCUAACUUAUUUAAAUAUGAUACAUAAAAUAGCGUUGUAUAUACUAAUAUGUUGUUUGUUAAGUUAUAAGGAAAAGUGUUCUUUAAAUCUGAUAAAAAAAUUAUCAAAUAUUUGAGUUUUUAAUGGAUGACAUCAAUAUCAUAUUUUUUAUUAGUUGGUGGCUCGGUUAGCGAUCUAAUAGUGGAGAGGCACCAUUCAAUUUUAUGUUGUAUUUAGUCUAAUUAAGCUUCCAAAAUAAUUCUGUUGUUUGGUUAUGAGUUCCAGUAUUUGGAUCCACAAAAUUUUCCCAAAUUCCCACGGGCCCUGUAUACAAUUUCCGUGAUUUCAUUGAUCAUUUUCUACUCGGGCUUCAUUUUUUAUAAUUUGAAGUAUCUUAAGUAAUCGUGAUCCCGAUUAUAUUUAUAAAGCCUAUCAAAUUUUUAAUUUAUUUAACUGGUUUCUAAAUGUUAGUAUUUUCCUAUAGCUUGGAAAUCGAGUUUCGUGACACCUAUUUGGAAAAACAGCGACGGUUAACUCAUUAAUAAUUAUCGUCCGAUCUCUAAAUUAAGUACGUUACCCAAAUUAUUUGAAAAAUUGAUUAAGCCAAGAUUCUCAUCAAUAUUAAAUAAGGUUCUAGCUGACAAACAACACGGAUUUUAUAAAAAUAAAUCAAUCCAUACCAAUCUAGUAUUAUACUACCAAUUUUUAAUAGACAAUGUUGCUAAUGGAAACCAAGUUGAUGAAGCAUAUAUCAACAUAAAAAAAAACAUUCGAUUCGGUCGACUAUAAAUCAAAUUUUAAGUAAACUAAGAAAUUUUGGUUUCAACGGCAAGUCUUUGAAGUGGUUUGCAUCAUAUUUAUCCAAUAGACAACAAAUGAUUAAAAUAAAGAGUAGAUCUCCACUUCUUUCUUGGUCACUUCUGGAGUCCCACAUGGAUGUUAUUUAUCCUAAUUAGCCUAUGCUAUUUUUAGUUUUCAUAAAUCAUUUAAGUGCUGUUUUCCAACACUGUAAAUACUUGUUAUUCGCCGAUGACCUGAAAUUAUUUAUGGUCGUCAAGAAUAGCGAAGAUUAAUUGUACAUUCAAAAUGAUUUAAAUCGGUUUAUUGAAUGGGGUACUCUAAACGGUUUAUACAAAAAUAUCGAUAAAUGUAAGCAAACUUUUUUUUAUCGAAAUUGGAACCCUCUGAUAGUAGAAUACGUCAUAAAUACUGCGAAAUUAGAAAGAGUGCAGACAAUUAGAGACUUAGGUAUCCCUUCGUCUGAUUUUUCUUUCAAUGAGCAUAUUGAUACUAUUUGUGUUAAACCUUACAGAAAUUUAGGAUUUUUGAAUAGGAAUUGUGAUGGGUUUGAUAAUAUCCACUGCUUAAGAACUUUGUACUAUGCCUUAGUACGGUCUGGUCUUGAAUUUGAUUCAGUUGUCUGGAACCCUAUGAAACUAGACCUUACGACUAAAAUUGAAAAAGUGCAACGACGUUUUCUUCGCAUGAUAGCGCAUAAAAUUAAUUUGGCCGGUUAUCCUACUUCUGUAGACGAGCGGUAGUGUAACAUAAAUUCAUUACAAUCUAGACGCAAUUUUAUUGGUAUACUUUUUGUAUAUAGACUCUUGAACGAUUUCAUCGACUAUCCUAGUUUAUUGCAAAAAAUAUAUUUUAACGUACCACAAGUAAAUACUCGUAGUUUUCGGUGUUUCUAUAUUAAACCUCAGAAAAUAAAUUUUUUUCUGUGUAGCCCCUUAUAUCGGACCUCCUAUAACUCCUAUAACUCCUGUUACAGUUUAAAAAAUUUUGAUUUCUUACCGAUAGUUUCUCUAAAUUAAAACACUGUACUCUUGAUAUACCUUAGUAUUUAGUAAUUUAGUAUUUAAUUAAUCUAUAUUUAUGUAAAUAUUAUGUGUACUGUUAUAUUAUACUCUUGCCCCACUGUGGGCGUAAAUUAUUUAAUAAAUAAAUAAAUAAUUUAUACAAAUACAUUUGUAUUAUUAUUAUUUGUUAUAAAUUAUAAUCAAUCAACAAUUGAUUAAUUAUGACCAGAUUAAAAUGUUUAAAAUAGUUAUUUAAAUUUAUUAAGUUGGUAAUAUAAUAUUAUAAUAUUUUUAGUAAGUAUUAACAACUAUUAGCUAACAUAAACUCGGCCGAUAAGAGGGGCUAUACCCCCUUAGCCCCCCUGGAUACCCCUCAUGGAUGUAAACUAUAAGUAUGUUUUUACAAUUAAAUCGACCAAUAUUCGAAUUGAUUUUUUUCAACGUCACUUCAGCAUUUAUUUCGUUUUAUUUCUCUUGUAACUUUUAUGGUAAUUUUAGUCAUGUGUCACAUAUUAAUAUAUUUUCUCAGUACAUAUACUUAUACAUUUAUAUUAUAUUUAUAGGAAGUAUAUAUGUAUAAGGCAAUGCAUAUUAUAUAUGUAUCAUAAUCAAUACGAUAAACAAAAAUCACGAUUUAUAACCGAUCGUAAUAUUCAUACUAUACUUAUUACUUAUUAAGUUAUAUACUUACUAGUAACGCAAAAUAUAACAUUAUAAUAUACACAUAAAAUAAACGUCAUCUCAAUUCCUCUAUACCGGGGACGUAUUUACAGACCGUAUAUGAGUUCGGCCCAUGCGAUAUUUAUGUAAAUACACAACCCGUCGUGAUUUUUCGUUGACUUAAAGGUUUUAGAUUAACAUUUAUUAGGUACACUGAUAAAAUUUCUUUGGUGCAUUAUCAGGUUUUUAUCAACGUGUAUAGAUUAAGUUUUUCAAACUUCUCCUUAACAGCUUUAUCUAAAUCAAUAGUGACUUUUCAUCGACUAAUAGGUAGUACUAAUAGGCACAGUUUAGUUGAUAUUGAUGCUUUGUCAACAAUAUAUAUGUCAUAUUAUGGUGAAAUAAUUAAAUAGGCAUUAUAUAUAUUCUUUAAUAAUAUUUGUUUAAUAUUUUACGGAUUUUCCCGUUUUUCUUGCGUUUUUCCCAUGUUUUUUCCGGUUCUUCACGUCUGCUCAGAAAACUCUAAGGAAAAUCGAAGAAUGAUCUCCCAAAAGUAUCUCCCCACAUCGAUUUCCUUUUAAAAAAAAUGCUAUCAUUGUUAAUCGGAGCAAAAUUGCUGGUUGAAAGUUGUCUACAGAAAAAAAAAUCGUAAUAUUUGACUAAGGUAUUUUGUACAUUUUCCCUUUUUCCGUUUUUCACAAUUUUUUCCAUUUAUUAGGAAAACUUCCCGGAAAAUCAAAAAAUGACCUCUUCAAAUUACCAUAGAGAUAAAAUUUCUUUUCAGAAAAUAAGUUACACUUGAUACAUCGAAGCAAGAUUUUCGGUAGAAAAGUUUGCACAACAAAUCGAGGGGUAUUUUGCUAUUAAAAUAAUCCGAGUGAGCGAUGGCUUGGGUAUGACUUUACUAUCAUUCUUAAAUCGGCAAUAUACAUAUGUUCAAAAAAAAACUCUUUAUGAAUCUCCUAUUAAAUUUUCAAGCAUUUCUGUUAAGACUAAUAAUUUUACCACAGAGUACCUACCAAAUAAAAAUUACGUACAAAACUUGCAAAAUUAAAAUGUCAAUAAAUAGCACAAAAAUGGCUAAUUUUUUUGGAAAUUUCACUAUUUCUAGAAAAGGAAAAUGUAAGUUUUCUAUCCAAAUAUCAAAUAUUUACAAAUAUUUUUAACUAAAUUACAACAAAUAACAAAAUUGAAAAAUAAUAAAAACAUUAUUUUCGUAAAUUGUUCGUACUUUUUAUCCUGGUAUUUCCCUGAUAUUCUGAAUAUUGCUUAGAAAAUUAAAAAAUAACCUACAAUAUAUAAUUUACCAAAAGUACUACCUGGACAACAUUCCCUUUCAGAAAUGGUGCCGCGCGUACAUAGCUGAGCAAGAUUUCUGGUAGAAUUUUUAUACACAGUAUAAAAAAGAAAAGAUUUUAGUAAAACAUUCUCGCUACACUCAGAAUCUAAACUUAUUAAAGAAAUAAAGAUAUGAAACAAUAAAACUUUACACGUUUUUUAUUUUAAAUUGUUUUACUCUAUAGUAAACCUUAUUCAAGUGCGUAGCUCCGUAUAAGUUGUCAAAAACACGUUGAUGAAUUUGUAAAUAUUCAUUAUUAGGGGUCUAUGAAAAACAGAAAAAAUUGGUACGUGGUCUACUGAGAAAAAAGUUUGGGAACCUCUAAUCUAUAAAAUAGGUGUGUAUCGUAAAAUUCCAAAAACUGAUAACCGAGUUACAUUUCAAACUCGAAUAGGGUCUGUAAAUACGCUCCUGGAUGGCUGGUCUUUAAUACAAAAUAUACAUAUUAUACAGCUACAACGGUCACUAUAUAAUAUAUCUAUGUAAUAAUAUAGCUAUGCGGCAUAUAUACGCAUUACCGAGGUUAAAUUAUGAUUAUUCAAAUGUGUUUUAUUGUCGAGUUUUUGUAAUAUUAUUCGUUGUUUGGCACCGUAAAGCCCGAAUGUGUCGGCCGAUAAAAAUUAUUGCCGAGCCUAUAUUGAAGACGCUCAUUGUUCGCAUUAGAGUACACACACUUCGUUCUCGUGUGUAUUAUGUAUAUAUUAUUAUAAAAUAAUGUGAAAUAUACUGCGCGAACAAAUAAAUGUAAAAGCAUCAUAAAAACGUGCGAAAUGGUUUGUUCGUAUACAGAGUGAUCAACAUAAAGUAAGACACUUAUUAUCUCAGAAAGUAUCAACUUUUUUCUGAAUUUGAUUUUUAAAUUAUUUAAAAAGAAGUAGUUCUAAAAUAUUACAUUAGUUUUUUUUAUCCCUUUGUUAAGGAGUGAAACCACUAACUACCUACUUUUGAUUUUCAAAAAGCAACCUAUACUAAAAAUUCCAUAAAUUAUUAUUUUAAUUAUCUUUUGGUAUGGAGAAUUUUUUAUUUCUGUCAACCCAUUAGCGAUAUAUUCUACUUUUAAGUUUAAGUAGAACGAAAAUGCUGGAACACUAUUUAAACGUCACAUGCCAUGCCGCUGUACAAAUUAUCCGCCACUAAGACUCUCUUCCCGCCGAAUUUAAAAAGUGAAAUAUCUCGUCAAUGUUUGACGGAAAUUAAAAAUUGCAAUGCCAAAACUGAUUUUGACCAAUACUUCAUGUAUCUAUUUAUGAAAUUGUUUAUAUUGAUUGCUAUUUAAAAUCAAAAGUAGGUAGUGGUUACCCCUCUAAAAUAAGGGUAACAAAAAUAAGAGUAAUGUGACAUUAGGUACUUAUUUCUUAAAUGAUCUAAACAAAAAUUACGAGAAAAUUUAAUACUUUCUGGGAUAAUGUGUAUGUGUGUCUACGUUAUAUUGAUCAACCUGUAUACAUAUGCAUAUAUCUAGCGAAUUUACAUAAAAAAAACACAAAAUCAAAUACUCCGGGCGUAAUAUUGUAAUUUCUCCUCCCCACCACUAUCACCAUUUCUCUGGAGCGAACGAUCAUUUUUAUAUAAUACUUUUCAUUAUUAAUUUUUUGAUUUUUUUUUGUACAAUUUUCAAUGUAUACCUAUAUAUUACAUUUUUUUUUAUUUAGACUAUGCAAAUCUUAGAGGAAGAAAAAUUGAAAUUGGAUAAUUUUUGUGAACAGAGUUUGAAAAACGUAAGUAUACCUACUUAAUAAAAAUACAUAUUUAAAAAUAAAUUUAUGUAUCACUAUAAACAUAUAUUAAUAUAUACAAUACGAGAGUAACGUUAAAAUGCUCAUUUUUAAGGCAAUGACUCAAGAAAGGCGAAGAUACGGUUUCGUGUUGGAAAGACAAUGUUCUUUAGUUAAACACUGUUUGGCCUACCACACCAAUUCCCAAUCGAUGUAUGACGAACACCUAAACGACUGGCUGGAUGUGGCCAAAUCCCGGGAACGACUGCCCGAAUCUGUCGAAACGAUGUUCGCCACGAAACUUCGGGUGAGUAUUUGAAAUCGUAAAACGGGCCGGAAAUUAGUAGGAACAACGCGGCAUUAUUAAAAUAUAUACUCCUAUAUACCAAAUCGUUUAUUAUAAUAUAUAUAUUAAUUGACGAACGAUUGUAGCAAGUGAGCUUUUGGCUGGACGACGACGUUAGUUCACCGAGAGUCGAUGAUGACAGGACUUCAUUGUCAUCACAAUUGAGAAAAACCAAAUCCAUGGAUGCAUCUUGUUUGGACGUCCGUGCCAUAAAUGACAUAUCAAGUCCACUGUUAAAUUAUCCGCUUUCUAGGGCCAAAUCAGAUUUUAACUUGAACGCAUCGUCGCAGUCCUUGAACAGAAGUAAGGAAAAAAUGUUAUUUAUUUAUUUACUUUUAAUGACAUACAAAGUAGUAAACAAUAGUUUAUUUUUCUGUAUCCUACCUUCUCAACAUCCCACCUACAAAAGUAGCACUUCAGCCCUUUUUAUUUGAAACUCAAUAUGAAGUACCUCCAUUUCAUAAAAAUUCACCUACUCUAAAUAAUUAACAUUAAUUCAACAUUCGCUGUGGAUAUUAUCCCGAUGGCUGGAAACUAUUAUAUGUUACCCCUAUAUUAAAAAAGACAUCUUAGGAUAAUGAAAACUGGUGCAGCAACUGUUAUGGGUAACUUAAUGUAUAUCUGUAAGCAACGAUAAACCAAUGCUAACGAAAAAGCCAAUCUGAGCACAAUUUAGUUGAUAGUGAUGCUUUGUUGUCAGUAUAUAUGUCAUAUUAUGGUAAAAUAAUUAAUUAAUUAAUAGGCAUCAUAUACUUUUUUUAAUAAAAUUUGUUUAAUAUUUUACCGAUUUUCUUGUUUUUUGUGUGUUUUUCCCGGUUUUCCCAUAUUUUCUCCCGGAUUAUAACAUUUGCUAAAAAAAUUCUUGGUAAAAUCUAAAAAUGACCUCUUUAAAUUACCUUCUGAGUCAGAUUUCCAGAAAAAGUGCUAUCAUUUAAAAUUGGAGCAAAACAGCUGGUAGAAAAUAUAAACACAGAAAAAAAAAGUCCGUAAUAUUUUUUUACUAAUACCUACAUUUCGUAAAUUUUCCGUUUUCCCGACAUUUUAUCCCAGGUUUUCUCAGUUAUUAUGAAAGCCGAUUGAAAAAUCACAAAAAUGACUUUCCUAAACUACGGAGAUAAAAUUCCCUUUCAGAAGAUAAGCUAAACUUGAUACAUGGUAGCAAGAUUUCUAGUAGAAAAGUUUGCACAACAAAUCGAGGCGUAUUUUUCGAUUAUAAUCGUCCGAGCGAGUGAUAGCUAGGUCUCUAGGUACACUCAAAAUGCAUUUGUUAUUUUCCCAUUUAGAUUAAAGGGAGAAAAAAAAAGUAAACAAUUUCGUUUUAAAUCCCAAGGUCGAGAACCCGCGAUCCCUAGUAUGACAAUACGUAUCCAUGACCAUUCAACUAUAACAGACGUAUAGUAAAGAAGUCAAUAUAGAGUUAUUUAACAUAAACAUGUAAUAUCUGCAUAAUAUCUGAACUUCAAAAAGCUAUCAUUUCUAAACUUAGUCCGCUCAAUUCUGACUACCAUCCUUUUUAAAUCGGCAAUAUAUAUAUAUAUUUAAAUAAUCAGGAAAUACAAAUGUCAGAUACUGUAAAUGACCCUGAUAUUAAUUUUGAUAUAAAACUAUCUUUUAGUAACCAUUUAGAAAUCAUAAAAAACAAAGCAUUAAAAAAAACUGGGUUUAAAGCGUACAUGUAGUGACUUUUAGGGUGAAACCUCUUUAAAAUUAUUAUUAUAUUGCUCUUUGGUUCGUUUACAAUUAGAAUAUGGUUCUCUUUUAUGGCUUUCUAACUCUAACUCUUUAGGUCAGCUUCAGAAGUUAUCUAGAAUUCAAAAUAACUUCCUUAGGUUUUUUUCAUUUAAAUGUCGUGUCGAAAGAAUAUCAGAUUCGCCAUAUACGGGUGUUGAGGGAUUUUUUAACUUACGGAAUCUGGAAACAGUGUUUUUUUAAAAAAAAAAAAAAAAAAAAAGGAAAAAACGGUUUUGUAUUUUUAACUGUAACUAAUCUUAACUAAUAACUAAAUCACCACCACUAUAUGAUUGUAUAAUAAAUAAAUAUGUCUACAGUAGAAAACGAAUCGGGAAAUAACGGGUCCAGGCCAAAGUCAAUGGCGGUCGUAGAUAACGGAUGGGAAUCUCAGGGCAACACGAAUCUCGUACAAGCCACGUACGCGUAUCUGUCAAGCGGCGACAAUCAGCUAAGUUUCCACGAAGGAGAUACUAUCGCUAUAUCCGGUGAGUAUUAUUGCAUAUAUUAACGAUAUACGAGUAAUAAAUAUUCAAAAGCUCACGCGUCGUCAACGUUUCGCGGUUAAUAAAUAACGGUGCGUAAAUGCCCGUGAUAUGGCUUUUCGCAGGUGAACGAAACAAAGGAUGGCAAUUCGGAGAGAAUUUACGCACUCAGUGUAGCGGAUGGUUCCCGUUGGCGUACACCGAGGCCGUAAUUGACGACUCGGCUUUUUCGUACGUGCACUAUAUUACAACAAUAUAUUAUUACACAACCUAGUCUAGCCUACCCUUAUUCUUAAAAAUGUAUUACAAUUUUGUCGGUUUUUUUUUUCACAGGGACUCACCGUCAUCGUACCGGCGAAAGGAUUCUGUGGGUCAUUCGAUAAUAUCGAACCAUCAUCACAAUAGAAGCGAAUCCGUGGUGGCGACCGGUAAACAAACUCAUCGCUAUCAAACGACGACGUUGACUAGAUUUGGCGAUUCUCUGUCGCACAGAAAUCCGUAUCCGGUAAGCUACUUGUUAGAUAUUCGUAAUAUAGGUAAUAUUUCCGAAAAGCUUUUCACUUUUGAUUUUAGAUUUUGAGAGCGGUUCUAGGAACGUAUUGGCAUUUUCCCUAUCAAAAAACACUUUUACGAUACCUAAAAAGACGCAAAUUUUCCGCUCGGUGGUACCUUAUUCGAAAUAUUUUUCCAAAAAAAAAUAUGUUAAAACUAUAAUAACAAAUAAAAAAUCUGUAGUACUUGAGCACCAGAAAAAUAUAAAACAUGUAAAAAACAGAUUUUUAAAUUUUAAUUAUUUCUAAAUGAUGGGUUCUCUCACAUUCUUGUAGAAUUUUCGAUCUACUCGGUUCAUUGGCGAUUUCAUUUUUUGUAGUUUUCUUAAAAAUGGCAAAACCUAGUAAAUUUGAGUACCUAUAUUUUUUUUUAUUUUUGAUUUUCCUUGGCCACAAAGGAAAAAUCACGACUAAUACUAGCUCUGUGCGGUAUCGUUUUUCGUUAAAACAGUAUCCAGAUACUAAUUCAAUAACUCUAUAGUAUAUACAUUCUAACUUCGCUCUCAAAAACGUGGCACACACGUCAGUAGAACCAACAGAUUAUUUUUAGAUUCCGAGCAUAACGAGGGAGCUAUUGGUUUAACUAAGAUGUUUAUUUUUUUUUCUUCUAGUCUAUGGUCACGUUUUUUCAUAGUAAACUUACUCCGAUUUGUAGCAUCUUUUUUGAAAUCUUAAGUUGUCUAAAUAGUACUUUAAAGAUGUCAUUUUUUGAUUUUGUACGCCAUUUUUUAAAUAAAAGCACUUAAGUGGGAAAAAAACAUAAGAAAACGUACAAUUUCACGAUUUCAUUAUUUUAUAAAAACACGGCCGAUGUUUUCUACCGGAAAAAAUGAUUUAAUCAAAAAAUCACAAGAUACCUUUUUGUUGCCUUUUUGAUUUUCUUUUUUACGAUAUCAUCGCGAAAACUUUUGAGCCACAGUUAAGCUUUUAAAGAACUUUAAUUUUUUGGGAGUUUUUUUCUGUAAUUCGGUUAUAAAUACACGUAGAGACUUGAAACUUGAUAAUUAUUGUUAAACUGAACUUACUUAGACAUGGUAAAAUUUUUAAAAUCAUCUGACGACUUUUUUUCUUUGUUAAUGAGCGUUUUGAAAUCAAAUUUAAACAAAAAAAAAUUACGGUACUUCAAAUUAUGUAUACCGAACUGCGCUCGGAAUCGUCUUUCGUUAAGUAAUGGUUUAUCGUUGCAUAAAUAAAAUAACUUUAUAUAUCCUACCUUCCCACUUAUAACAGUGACCGCUCCCAACCCCAGUAUCAGCUCUUUUUUUAAAAUUUUUAUCUCUCUUAAUAAUUUUAUUAAAUUUCUAUAAUUUUUCAUGUACGCAUCACAGACGAGGUCCAGGGCGAACAGUAGAUCAAACGGUUAUGAUAAUCACGGUCUUCCGCCACCGUCGGUGCCGGCCCCGGUGGUGCCGCGUCAAUACGGAGGACACAUUCCACCACCGACCGCCUUUUUCCCGCCACCGCCGCAGACUUUACCGCCGGCACCUGGUAAACCGUCGACGAUCGACAAGAGAACAGGCGGUGUCCAUCAACAUCAACAUGGCAACGCGAGUUUGCACAGCAGCAAUGACAGUGGUUUCAGCAAUGACCCGCCGCCGGCACCCGAAAUCGACUACUCGGACGACGAAAACACCCGGUAAAAACAUGAUAAUAUAUUCUGUUAUCAUGAAUUGUUUACUUGACAUGUUUACUUGACAUUUUACUUCAAUACUUGAAAUGUUCGCUAUAAAAAUGCAUGAAAACGCUGCAAUAGCAACUUUGUGUACGAUGUUUUUUUUUUGGCUUGGAAAUUAACUGAAAUCAAUUGAUAGUUACAUACCACAAUAAGUUGUGCUAUAUAUUUUUUUCACAAACGCUUAAAAUAGUUUAUUAUUUCGAUUGCUUAAAACGAUUUUUGGAAUUGAUUUAAUAUGAUGGCAACAGUGGAUUUUCUAUAUGGUAUAAACCACGAUUAAAGACAGUGGCGAAACGAAUCUAAAAUAAUCCAGGUGCCUAAACGUUUAAGGUGCAUAGCAUAGUGAUUACUACAGUAAGUACUAUUGCAUUAUUCCAUGGUACAUCGUUCUAGGGGUGAAACCACUAUUUACUUUUGAUUUUCAAAUAGCGACCUAUACUAAAAAUUCCAUAAUUAUAUAGAGUAUUAUUUUAAUUACAUUUUGGUAAUUGAAAUUUCUAAUUUUUGUCAACCCGUUGACGAUAUAUCCCACUCUUAAGUUUUUGCUUAAGAAAUGCAAUAUAAAUAUUACGCAGCAUAGUCAAGGUGGUGCUUAUAUUAAUGGUGUUGUUUACGUAGUGAAUUUUAUUACUACGUUAUUGUCUUGUACUGAUAUUUUCUGCGAUAUAUUAUUACGACCAAGAAUUUUCGAGUGCUAUCCUAAUAAAAAAAAUAAUCAUCAAAGGAAUUGUUUAAACGCAAGUGGAAAUAUGGUAUAUACGCAUAUACGCAAUCUAUCAAAAAUUGUCCAAAUAGUCCGUACUACCUAAAACUUUAAGAAAUAGUGAGGUAACUAGAGAGGAAGGCUAGGAGGACUAGUCAAAAAUAUUUCUUGUUGACUUUAGAUAUACUUAUUAAAUUGUGUUUAUUUUGUCAAUUAAUAAAAAUAUUAAAGAUUGUUGUCUAAACUAAAAAUGUUUUCAAGUAAAAUUAUAAAUAACAUGUUAUAUCUGGGUUCAAAAUUAUACGUUAACGAAAAAAUAUCUAUUUUUAGACUGGGAUUGUGGGUUUUAUAUUAUGAAAUAUUUCGUGAAAUUGUUAUUUCAGCUAUUUUGUUAUAUUGAUAAACUUUUACAUAUUACCUCAUAGUUAAGUUUAGAAUAAUGAAGAAUAUUUCAACCAGUUUUAUGAGUGGCUUACUUGGCUUACUGUAUGUGACACUAUUGUAAUAAGUAACAAAAAAUAAAAUCUAGUGUUUUAAAUUUAAUACGUUCUUCGCUUCGCUCAGAAUCUAAAACUUGUUAUGAUGGUAUUUAAUAGUGGAGGUGGACCCCAUGGGUUAUUUUAAGUUAACAGUUUUGGUAGAAGGGAUGUAGUCUUUUAAACCUAGUUGUACCUAUGUUAAAAAACAUUGUUUCAUAUGAAAUAAUAAUAUUUUGUUUCCAAAUAACAUAUUUCCUAUGUUUAAUAAAUUAUUAAUCAAUUCAAAACUGAAUUUAAAAAAAAAAAAUUAUGGUAAUAAUCAAUAAUAACAAAAAUUAACCCGUGUCACUGGAAUUAUCAGCAUACUCGUUAAUAUAUAUAAUAUAUUAUAUAUAUACUCGUAUGUUUAUGUAUUAUAUAGACAAAAGUUAUAUUUCGGGUUGGUUAGCGGUGUUGGUAAUGAAUAUUAUUGUUAUGUGGUGAUGGGUUAUGUGAAUUUUAACGCUUGUUGUAUGUGACGUAAUCGAAUGAUAAUAUUAUUGAACCAGAACAACCAAAGAACAGAAGAAAGACACGACAACGGCGCGGUCAAAACAAACUAACAAUAAUUAUCAAGAGAACCGUCACCAUCACAUGGUUAUGAUGAUGGCGGUAGGUGGUAAACAAAUGACGGGCACAAUGAAAUCGGCGUACAACGGCGGCGGUAGUGUGAUGGUGAACGCCGGUAGACGAAACACCGGUCCGUCGUCAAUGAUGCGGCCGAGCACCAGUGUCGGACAGCUGUCGUCGUUCGGUGACGGUUACAAUAAUAAUUCGUCACCGCCUUUCAGACAGGCCAAGUACAAUGACGACGACGGCGACACGGGUAUGGGCACCGUGCAGGGUAAGAAGAUCAAACGGACAAAAUCCAUGUGGAAGUUUAAAAAGACUAGCGGCAACGGCGGUGACGAAGUGCUAACCGGCAUGUCCAUGUGGAAGCACAGGUCACUGGUGGAUGUGAACGCAGCGGAUGCGGAAGAACAGCAGCUGAUACAACAGCAAAACAACAGCAACAAUAACUACAAUAAGUCAUCAGCCGGUACGCCGGUGACCAACAAAAAGUUCACGAUCACCCAUCGGGACAUCGAUAUUACAGGCGGCAACGGCGGCGGAUUCGUCGCGGACGACGAUGAUAGCCAGACGAUAAUGAACGGUGGCGUAGGAGGAGGUUCGUCUACCGUCCGGAGGAUGACGUACGACAACCGAAAACAGCAACAACAGCAGCAACGGAACGGCAACGACUGGCCGAACAGCCGGCGAUCGUCGUCCUCGAGUUUCGGAGGUGAAGACUCUGAGUCGUGCAUCGUGGUUGACGAUCAUUUGAAAGACGCGAGAACGGGAUGUCCAACUCCGACGCCCGCCAGCCUUUUACCCAGGACCCGGUUGAUAAAACAGACAGGCGGUGGUACAGCUGCAGUACAGUCUGCCGUCAGCGGUGGCGGUGUGGUAUCAAACGGUGGCAAUGGGCAUCAGCAGCAGCAGCACCACCAACAGGGUUCACCCCCGAUAAUGAUGGCGCCGCCGCCACCGCCGCCCGCUGUCCGAACAGCGACCGCCGACGACGGUUAUCAACACGACUCAGACACGGACGUCCGGUUCGAAAGUUCCAAGUUGCAAACAUUCAAGUAUAUAAAUGCCACAUGCAACAACGACGGCUGGUAUGACUCGUGGGGAGAAAAGCGAAAGAAAUAAGAGGAGUUCGCGAAAGGUAAAAAAAAAAAUAUGUUCUUCGACAAACACAGGGCUAAGAGAUCAAUUAGUAUCAUAAAUUAGAUCAAGUUUAAGUGUAUAGAUAAUUAUAAUUCAGGUUCACGGUGGUGUAUAAGAGAACGAAGACAUUUCGUAAGAGGUCUAACCUAGGGUGAUCAAGUUUUUAAAAAAAUGCACACAUUCUUUUUUUAAUCAUACCGUAUAGUUUUUUUUUCACAUAGCGGUUUUUUGUUAGCACACGUAUAUAGAUAUAAUAAUAUGGAAAUAACGGGAUUUUAAAAGGACUGUCUUCUAAAAAUGGAACAAAAGGCGUCCCGUUUGAAGACGACGGGACAACGGAACAUGAUGAUCAAAAAAGAGACAAUUUCGUUUUAAACGGAAUGUAUAAUCACGCUAGUGUAGCCUGUAGUCAGUGGUUUACCAAAUGUCCUGAGCUCAAAACAAUUGAAAAGCAUUUUAGAAUCAAAAAAUAUAGUUCUACUAUUUGAUCAGUCUCAGAAAAAACAUUUAGAUAAGUAUUUCUAAAUGUUCAAGACAAUUGUACUAAUGCCUGAAGUCGAUGAAUAACAGCGCACAAUGGUCUGAGAAUGAAAUUUAGGGGGCGAAAAUAAGUACGAUGUUUAUUUUUUUUUUAUUUUUUUCUAUAGAAAACUUAUCUACCAGAGAAUUUGCUCCUCUGAUUUUUAUGUGUAGCACUUUUUCUGAAAGGAAAUCGGUGUAGGGAGGUAUUUAAGAAUAUUUUUUUUUUAUUAUUUUCUCAAGAGUUAUCUCAUCAAGUUUGAAAAAAUGGAAGGAAAACGGGAAGAUAUAAGAAAUGUAGGUAUUAGUUAAAAUGUAUUACAGUUUUCUUUUUUAAAUAACCGAAAAAAAACGGAGAAAUAACAGGAAAAUGUAUGAAUUAUAUUUGUAAAAUAUUACGAUUAUUUUUUCUGUGAACAACUUUUCUACAAGUACUUUUGCUCCAAUUUACAAUGAUAACAAUUUUUCUAAAAGAAAAUUUGACUUGGGGGAUACUUUAAGGAGGUUAUUUUUCGAUUUUCUCAAAAGUUAUCCCAGCAAAUGUGAAAAACCAAGAUAAAACAUGGGAAAACUGAAAAAAACAUAAAAAAAACGAAAAAAUCGGUACAUUAAACAAAUAUUAUUAAGGAUAAUAUAUAAUGCCUAAUGCCUAUUUAAUUAUUUAACCAUAUGAUAUAUAUAUACAUAUAUAUAUAUUGUUGACAAAGUAUCACUAUCAACUGAACUCCGCUCAGAAUUGUUUUUUCGUUAGCAAUGGUUAAUCGUUGCUAACAAAUAUACAUUAAAUUACUUUUUGUGGGGCUACUUGAAAAAAAAAUAUUUUUAAAAUCGGCUUCACACCUUGGAAAAAAUGAAAGUUCACAUACGGAAAGAAGUCACAAUACUCAUUAUGUGCAAAAAUCUUGCCGAAAACUUCAAAAAUCACUUUCUUCAUCAAUGUAUCGCUGCUAGGGACCAUAAUCUUUUUGAUGUCAUUUUCAAAACUUAAUACAUAAAACGGCAUGAUGUACCAAAAAAAUAAAAUAAACCUCAUUUCAGUAAGUUGCAUAGUUUUUCUUUUUAAUUCCUGUUUUAAAACUGCACGUUUGUUUUGCCCCACACUGUAGAAUAUAAAAAAAUAAAAUAGAAAGUCAUCGUCACAUCUUAUUAACAUCACUCUUAUCUCGUUUGAAUUGCGAAAUAUCGUUAAAAAACUCGAAAUGUAUAAGUAUACAAACAAAAUCGAAAAAAUAUUUUAUACUCCAAUAACGCGAGAUAAAAUAAUUAUCAGAUUAUAGUAUAGGACACCUACCUAUGUAUAAACUUGGCUGCGAUUCAAAAUUUGAUUUAUAUUAUUAUAUGGGUGCGUAAUAUAUUAGACGGAGGCAUUGAGACAUAAAUGAAUAAUAUUUUUAAAGUGUCCCCCGUUAGUCAUAUAUAUUUUGGGCCUUUUUAUUCCCGAUGAGUACAUAAAAUAUAGAAAAUACUUUUUAUUGUGCAAUUUCAAAAAAUCACGAACUCCUCUCAUGUGUGAUCAAUCAAAAUAUAUUUUCUAAACCAUAUGCUAUACAAACAUUUAAGUUAGCUAUGGUCAAUGGCGUACUCACAGGGGAAGGAUGAUGAGAAUGUCAAAUCCCGCUCUUGACGUUUUUUUGUAACAAUUAAUUUACACUUUCUAUAAAUUUCCUGUAAUUUUUCUGAGAAGAGCACAGGAUCUAUUGGUUUCACUAUAAGUUUUUUUAUGUCUUUUCGACUAGAAAACCCGAAAAUGACAACAGAAGUUUUUGUAACGUAUUAUGGAUCUAAUUGCAGAUAAGUAAGUCAUUUUUUUAAUUUUCAAAACGGGUUCAUAAUAAUUAGGAUAAACUAAAAAUUACGUAAAAUAAAAACUGACUAAUUUACGGCAUUAUGAUUUCUACUUUAUUAUGACAUAUUAUUGAUAAUAACAAAUACAAUGUUUAAAUGAGUAUGUACCGAAUAUUAUACGAAUUUCCAUUGGCAUAGUUCUGGGAAGGGAGGGAAGAAAGGCACUUACCUCUCCCAAUCUUUUAAAAAUUUAAUAUAUAUAAUCAUAGUGUUUUGUAUACAUAUCUUACUCAAAUAUUGCAUUGUGUGAUAUCAUAUUGCGUGAUUUGCAUAGGUUAUCAUCGCAUCUCCAAUAGCUGAUAUUUUUAUGAUUUUUAUCGAACGUUUACACAAUUUAUUCACUAUAUUUUAGUCAAUUUUUGCUUUUUUGACUUCGAAUUAAUUCUAUGUUUUAAAUUUUUACUGUUUUAUGAACGAUUCAACUUUGAUAUAACAAUGGACGACUAGGUAAUACCUUGUAUUAUGCACAUUAAUAGAAUGCCGUGGAUAAUAGAUAUAGGCAACGAGGAUUCACCGUAGCAUUAUCUAUACUUAUUACAUUUAUAUAAAUAUAAUAAAUGCAUAUACAAGGUUAGGUUAGGUAGGUUAGGUUAAGUUAGGUGCAAUUAUAUUCAAGAGAAAAAUUUCUUACUUUUCACUAUUUUUAUUUUCGCUAAUAAAACGUUUCGCGAUUUUUGCAUAGACCCAUAUAUACCUAAUUGAACAAUCUUAUCAUAAAAAAUUAUGAGUGACGAGUGUAACAUCGUCGUCGCCAUUGAAUGAUCUUUUCACAUUCACAGUCUCUACAGUCUCACUACUACCAGGCGUAUACGUGGGCGCAUUAGAAGUCGACUUCCUGAAAAAAAUUUGUUAUUUUAGAAUUUAUAGAGUUUAUUUUACAAAAAAGCAAACAAUUUCCAAACUUCCAAAAUUCCAAAAAUCAAACUAGAAUUGACUGUCGAAAGAGUAUGCAUCGGCCAGUAUACCAAAUUAAUAACAAAAAUAAUCACAGUUACUCAUUAACUGAUAAACGAAAAUUAUUUAAGAUUAUAACAGUCUUCUUUUCAAUUUCUAACUGACAAAUAGCAACCAUGCAUAAUAUUAAAAUAAUCAUUUUUUUUUUCGUGUUUAAUUAAAAAAGUAACCAUGGGAUAAACAAUUAUAACUAAUUUUACUCGUACUAGUACAGAAUAUAUUAAUAUAUAUAUUUAAUAUCUCAAUAAUGUCAAUGAGGAGUCCGGACCCCAUGACCCCUCCCCCGAAAAUACGCCAUUUAAAAUCUCUUCCCCAAACAUAAUUGGAACGCGCAUUUCACUGGCUGCAUACUUACCGAAAAAAAUAAGUAGUUCGGUAGGUACAAAUGUACAAUUUUAUUAGUUUUUAAUAUAUUUUUGACGUUUUUCAGAACGAACGUAUUCGCCACAAUCAAAUUGCGCAAAACCAACACCAACGACAGAUCGGCACCGAAAAUCGUAUAAUUUUAAUAUAAGUAUACUAGGUAUGUAAGUAUAUUACAAUAUAUUAAAAAAAAAACCUACGUUUCUUACGUUUUAUACUUUUCAGAGUGUACACAAUUUCGUACACGUAUAGAUUUAAUGUAAAUAAACUUCCCCACGAAGAAAUUUUUUCGUCACUAACGCCUUCACCCCCCCAAUACAAAAGUUAUGUACACGCCACUGUGUACAUAUAAUAUAAUAUUAUGUAUACCGAAAGAAUGAAAAAAAUACCCAUUGUAAGCUAUAUAUUAUAAUAAUAAUUAUCGUAUAAUUAUACCAUUCCGGUUUAUAAUAAUAAAUUAUUAUUACUUACCUGUAUACAAGCUGAAAACAAAUUGCUCAACUAAUCUAAUAAUAUUUUAUGUCCGGCCCCGUCGUCGAACGUGGUUUUUUUAAAUACGGGAUGCAAAAAAAAUAACUUUAUACGUUAAUACGUUGGUAGAUAAGUAUAGGUAUAGAUUAUUGUAGUUGUCGUUUUUUUUUUUUUUUUUACUGUACAACGCUGCCGAUCGUAUACAAUUUUAUUAUACAUAUAUAUAUUUUUUUUUUUACUUUUAUACGUACAUGCAAUGUGACUUAGCGGUGGAACAGGAGAACGUGAAUAGAGAUAUUAUUAAAAUUGUUAUAAUCGGACCAGUCAGGGCAGACGUUUACGUACGCUUUUUCAUAUACCUAUUAUCAAUGGCGAAGUGAAGUUUUUUUUUUCUAUAAAGUAGUUUCAGUGAAAUUGUAAUAACCUCGUAUAACCUAAAGCCAGAAGAAUCAGGAACUGUAACUAUGGCUACUAGAUGUUCCUGUAUUCAACAUAUGCUUCGAGCUACGAAGCAGCUGCUCUAUAGGAUACCCAUUCAUGCCACCACUGCCUAUUACCUAUUUUUUUUGUCGAUUGCAAACUUUUGGUGUAUAUACAGUGGCGGAGGUGGAGAAUUGGCACCUCCAAAACUCGACCGAACCACCUACCUCUAAAUCGAGUCCACACACAUUAAGUGUCUAAGUAUACCAAGUUUUUUUUAAUCAUUAUUCGAAUUUCGGACCACAACUAUACUGAUUGGCCGAAUAAAUAGGUAGCUAAAAAUUCCAUACCAAAAUGUGUUUCCUAAAAAUAGUUCUAUAUUUAUAAUUUUAUUUUGAAAUUCCAGGGUUUUUUUCCAAGCAUUUAUAGAGUAUAUAAAUUUGUUCAGAUUUGUUUUUAAUUUUUUACUCUAACUGUUUUCUGUAGUAUACACUAUAUACCUACCUAAAAAAAAUCGAUAAUUACAAAAUAAUUGCUCAAGGUUUAAAGGUUUACAGAGACAAGCAGGUAAGCUUGUAAUACGGUAACAGGUAGCGGUAAUACGGUAGUUAUUUAACUUCCUAGUUUUCGAUAAAACGUUGAAACAGGUUUUUAAAUUGAUCGACACCAAUUUUUUUUUUCUAAGAGCAUAUUUCGGUAACUUUUAAGUGCAUAGCCACGUAUAUUUUUUAAAUAGGUUUGUCGGGCAUACCUACAUAAUUGUCUACCCCGAAUAUAAUAACAAAUAAUAACACACGUUCUAUAGUGUGGAUAAUAAUUUUUUUUAACAUUAUUUUAUCGGAACGUGUACACUAUACACAGCGUAUUACUAUUUUUACCGUUUGACUAUUUCUUUUUUACCUUUCGUUUUAUUUAAUAAAUAUCUUAUUCAAAUCCAUCCGCGUCGAUCUAUAUAUAGGUGUCUGCUAGUCAGUGACAGCGUGAAGUUUUUUUUUCAUAAUAUAACCCGAGCUCAGAAGAAUAAUUAAGAGCUGUAACUAAAUAAAUGUUCCAAUACACUUCACUGUGUCGUUAACUUAUCAAAUGAUAAAAUGUUACACACAUAUUUCCAACCUUGACGAAAUAGUUAUCAUCACAAUAGUGAUGGUGUCACAUGUUUUUCAACUCUUCCACAUAUUGUAGUUCUCCACUGUAUACUAUCGGCUAUCUUUACUUAUAUUUAUUAGGUACCUAUGUAUUUUAUUUAAAUCAGGAUUUCGGAAAUUCGGUUUCGCGCACUAUUUUUUUAAGCAAUUUUUUUUUUAAUUUCAAUCAUUUUUGCUCUUAAAAUAAAUAUAAAAAAACAGUAACCUGAAUUAAUGUAAAAUUCAAAAUUCGGAAUUCAUUGUUCCCGCCUCGUUUUCAAGUACUAAUAAAUACUACAAUAUUGCCGGAAUAACAAUUUUCAAAAAAAAAAAAAAUCAAAUCACAAUACAUAGUCCGUUUUUUUUCGCCAUUUAUACUUAAUAUUAUACGUAUAAAUGGUUUUUUUUUUUUUUAUUUCGCCAAUACGUUUUCAGCCAUGUUUUUUGUAGUUAUGUAUUCGAACGAAGGUUCCGCCCUUAUUAAGCAUUUUAUUAUUAUAGAUUUAAGCUUCGUAUAAUGGAAAAUGUUUAUUUUUACUAUUCGUACGAAUAUUUAUUAUAUAUAUUAGUACUUUAUUAAUAUUUUAUAUUAUGUAUUUGUAAUCAUUAGUUAUUAUAGGUAGGCUGACGAAUAGAUUUGUGUGUUUAUUAUAAUAUACGUAAUUUUCUAUUUUUUUCUUUUUGUUAAUUUUCUGUUUUUUUACAUAUAAAUCUAAGGUAUACGGGAUUAUUAUUAUUAUUAUUUUUUAUAUUUUAUUUUUUUUUUUUUUUAUCAUUAUUUUAUUAUUAUUUUUAUUAUUUUUAUUAUUUUUAUCAUUGUUUUAUUAUCUAUUUAUUCGAAACUGAUAGUGUCCGGACGGCGGGGCGUAACAGUAUAAUGUGCGAUAAUUAUAUUAAUAUUUCUUAUAUUUUAUUGUUAUAAAUUUUCUUAAUAUAUUAUUAUAAAAUGCAAAUACCAUAAUAAUAUUAUUCAAUAUUAUAAUAUAUAAUAUUAUAUAUUUGCAAAAUUUUCGAAUACGUGAAAAUUUGACCAAAUUUAAUAAUAAUUAUAAUGUAUAAUUAAUUGAAUCGGUUCAACAAAUAUAUAAUAUAUAAUAAUAUUGUUUUAUGUACAUGACGAUAAUAAUAUUAUAUACUCGUCGUUUCAUUAUCAUUAUUGUAGGUAUAUUGCCGCCGUUGUUAUUAAAAAAAUUAAAAAUUAAACGAUCAUUUGGCUUUUUAUGUUUUAUAAUAUUAUACAGGUACUUAUGUUUUGUAUUUUCAAUGGAUAAAUAUAAUGUUGUAUAAAAAAAAUAUAUCAAUUUUAAUAAUUAAAAUAUAUAUAUAUAUAUAUAUUAUAUGUGUAAUCAAUAUAAUUAUGUAAAAUUAUAUAUAGUUGAAAAUACAUAAAUAUUUUAUUUAUGGGCUGUCUGUUCAUUUUUGUAGUGUAAAUUUAGGAGUUAAAGUAAGGAGGGACGAAGUCCCCCAAUACCUGUGACUGCACUUAAAAUAAAAUCUUGCUGCAACAAUAUUGACAACUAUAAUAUAUCAGGCAUCUAUUUUCAAAAUCAUCUAUAUGCGAUUUUGUAACCAAUAUGAAAUCAUGGCGUAUUAAGAUGUAUUUUAUAAAAAUAUUAUCAAGUAGCAUGAGUUAUACAGAGUAACUAGUAGAGAACUCCAGUAAUUGAUUAUUGAAGUAGGUACUUGUUCAAAGUUUUAAAUUAUUCUUCGCCUAAAUCACCUUAAGCUACAUUAUUCGGUUUGAGUAUCAUACCUACAAAACAAACGUAUUAUCAAGCGAAAAUUUUGGCUAAAGCUAAGAGUUAUUUUAGAUUCUAAGCGUAGCGAUAAAUGUAUUAUAGUUUGACUAUAGUAUAUGACUUUUUUUUCUACCUAUGAAAAAAUUUACCAGAAAUUUUACUCCAAUCAAUAAAAUGACAAAAGAUAUUUUUUUGUUGUUUAUAGCAGUUGGUACAUUAGAGAAAUAAUUUUAUAAUUUUUGAAGCAGUUUUUACUGUAAUAAGGGGAAAAUGAAAAAAAACGUAUAUAAAAAAUGGAUAAAUAUUUACUGCGUUAAGAGACAUUAUACCCUCAUUGUGAUGUCUCCGUCUUACAAACCCACAACAAAACAAAUUUUCAUUCAGCCGGGAGAACUCUGUACUGUUAGUUAUAAUAUUAUAGAAUAAAUUAACUUAUUAUUAUGACAUAAAAAAUAACACGUCAAAAUAUGACGUUUUUUUUUUUUUGUUUUUGGUAAUUUUAAUUUUUAAGCAAAACAACAUGAAUAUGUAAAAUAUCACGAUUAUUUAAAACGACCUAGAUAGUGUUCUUAUAUUAAUGUUUGAUAAUAAGUCAAUUCAUUCCAAGAUUAAAACUAACAGUGCAGCAGUACAGAAUUGUCCCUGCUAAAUGAAAAUUUGUUGUCACGCGAUUGCAAGACGAAGACAGCACAUUCAAGUAUAUAACGUUAUAUAACGUCCUUUUAACGAUUUCAUAAUUUAAAAUUGUUGCGAAUUUUGUUUACUACCAAUAAAUCUUGUAUCAUAUUUUAAGAGUAGCAUUUCUUUUUUUUUAUGUUAAUUAUAACUUAUGUCGCAUUGAAUUGCAGUAUCCAAAUACAAUUACUUUUAUAAAAUAUAACAUAAUAUAGGUACUUAUAUAAUAUUGUUAUUAUUACUCAAAUGUAUCUUUUGUUUAUUAUAGUAAAUGUACCUACGCCAUAAUUUGCAGAGCCAAUAUUAUAAAUUGUGUUACAUACAUGUAUACAUUUAUUUCUUAACAAAUACAGUCAACACAAACUUCGGAAAUAUUAAGAAUAAUACAAAUGUCUACAACUACCUUUUAUGUAACUAAUAAAGAAUAUUAUUGAAAUUUAAAAUCAUUAAAUUACUUAAAAUUAAAUGUAAAUACCAUAUCCCAUAUAAAAUUUAAAAAAAAAACCGUAAAUACAACUGAAUCGUGAAUAAAAUAAUACAGGUACCCAAGAUGAUUUUCCAACGGUUUUAAUUGAGAUAUACUAUAUCGCAGUUAAAUGCAAGUUGGUAUGUGCAUUGUUGAUCUCAAUCGUCUUAGGGUUAUUUGGAUAGCUUCUUGCCUUUGCCAAUACGGACACAUGGAUGGCCUUUAGCGUAUAAUGGGUCCAAAAUUUCCGGGCAAACCAUCUCCGUGGGAAAACAUCCAUUAUGCUCUUGGACAUACACUGUUUCCUUAGGGCAAUGGACUAUUCCGGGUUCCGGCGUAGUUGUACCGAAAUUCCAAUAAAAAGGCCAGGCCAUGCGGCGUUCUCUGUUCAGGGGAUGUUCACCGUCGACGUCCGAAAUCGCCAAACCAUCCGCGGUGAGCGCGAUGGCUGCCAGCACCAAGAUCAAAACUGGCAAUUGCAUUGCACACUGCAAUAUAGUAGUGAAAACGAAACUUAUAUAUUAUUGUUAUUGCUCGUGGUACAAGUACUUUUUUUUUUUUUAUAAAAUAUAUACCUACGCUGCUGUUUUUAAUCGGUCAAUCUGUUGCGCUGGUUUUACACUAAUGAUUGCUCGGUUAUAUUAUCACUUCAGAAUGAUUUCUAUAUUAUACAUACCA